AUGAAAAUGCCAGCAGGUAUGUAGUAUACGUGCUAUAGUAUUUUUACCUUUUGCGUUGUAUGAACCAUUUACUGUUAAAUUUUAUCUGUGUAAAGAAGGGUUCUUAUUACUGAUUAGUAUUUACAGCAUUGCAGACCUGGGUCCUGUUCCAGAGAUGAUAACUGUACGCCCAAAGACCCUGACAGCAAAUAGUAGUGCAUGUUGAUAUGCGUUCAUGUCUGCAUUGUGAUGCAGUAGCUAGUUCUCAAGGAAAGAAUCGGCAGUAUUAUCACCACAGUGUCUGCUUCUUUAACUCUUAGCAGAAAUGGAAUUGCAGAUCCACCCUGCCAAUCAGCACUUAGGCUUUUUACAAUGAGGUUUGGCAGAGUGGAAACAGGGUAUUUGUUCUUGUUUUCUAUGGCUAGCAGGAGUCAUGGCCUCAUAUUAUCUGGGAUCACCAACUUUUUUGGGCCUGUUUCCAACAGGAAACAAUAUUGUCAGCACCGCACACAGCGACCAAGCACACACUGCAAGCUUUUCUAUUGAUGACGAUAGAAUUAUUUAUUUAUUAAUAAAUAAAUGGAUUGUGGAUUGUGAUGAAACCUCUGUGGUUCUAAGAAAGCCUUUUUCAGACCUAAUUUCAGCAGGGGAAGGAAGAACAUCUGCAGGGACCUUGGGUUCACCUUUAGCAUGAAUGGAAGAUGAUAACUGGGCUGUGACAGCCAUUUUGAGCUAAUAAGCUAAUGAAAGUGAUGAAACUGCCGUUUGACCUUUUCAGUGGAGAGUGAAGCCAAGGCAAAAACCAAGGUUCGUUUUGAAGAAAUAUUCAAGAGCCAUGCUGACCUAGCAGAUAAAAAGAAAUUGAAGAAGAAAGCAUUAGGCACGCCAGAGAACAUUGUGGUGAGUUGGCUACUCUAUGAAACUUUGUUUGCCCGUCUUGGCAAAAAGGUUUAAAAAGAGCAAAACUUAGUGUCUCAUGCUCAAUUCCUUAAGAAGUAUGAAGAAAAGUGGACUGUUCUUUGCAGUUAAUUUCUUUCGGAAAGCAGAGAUUGUUGCAGCCUUGGGGUUACAAAGACCAGCACUUCAGUCUCAUGAUUUAGAAAAGGACGGCCUUCAGAUUCAUGACGGCUGUUUCUUUUACUAUUACGCUGUUGGUAGUGGAAGUGGCUCACUAUACUAAUUUGUCCUUUUCCAUACAUGAAGGAGGUUCUGUGAAUGUGAAAAGAAAAGCACUUUAAUUAUCAUUUUAAUAUAUGUUGUUUUACUGAUGCUUAUAUUGAGGAAAAAAGGGUACUACUACUUUAUGCAGGUAUCUAAGUUCUGUGUGUCUCAUCCACACUCUGUACAUUUGGUUCAGGAAACAGCAGUGAGUUACUACACAUACAAUUAUACUAAUUUAAUGGCUAAAUUACAAUUUGGAAAUAUCUCUUUAAAUGGUAUGUUAGGCAGAAUUUUUAAAAGAUCUUGGUUACAAUCAUUUCUUACAUUUUUAUCAUGAGGACAUUUUGUUAAAUAUUAUUUCAGUUACACUAGAUCUGUACACCCUCCUCCUCUCAGUAACAUUUAUUUUAACAAUAUAUAACACCAUACUAGUAGGUCAAUUUUCCAAAUACUCUAGAAUACAUUUGAGGGAUUUUUUCUUAAAAUAAGCUUUGAAGAAUAUAUUAAAAGCUUGGUCAAAUCUAGAAUCUUUUCAUGUUUCAUAUGAAUUCCAUCUGUUGGUUGCUACAUAAAACAAUUAAGACUCAUCUAAAACUUCAGUGCAUGCGAUAAAACUAAUAAUGUACCAAAAUAUUAGUAUUGUAAUACAUAUGCUUAUGAUUAUAUAAGAGGUGGCUGACUUUUCAGUGUUUUUGUCUUGGUUGUAGCUUGAAACAUUCAAAAAUCAUCUUGGCAUUACCCAAGAAAGUGGAAAUGAAGAGGUAAUUAUAAAUGAUACUCAUAACCCAGAGGAAAGAAGUCCACGGAUUACAAAAAGCAAGCUCAGACACAAAGCCUCAGUUGCAGAAAAAAUAAAUAAUAAUGUUGUUAGUGGAGAGGAAAGUGUGCAAACAACGUCUAAUAAGAAGAAGAAAAAGACAGUGUUACACGAACAGCUUAAUGAGGAAGAAAACCUACGUGAAACUAAGUUGGACAGUUUUGAAAAACAGAUUCAUGUUUUUUCAAAGAAAAAAACAAAAAGUGUGUUAGAGGCAGAUGCAUUUCAUCAAAAGGGGGACGGCCACAUAAAAAGUGCCUUGAAUGGAAUGAGAGGGAGAUCUGAAUUAGAUGAGGAAGAACAGCUAAUUCAAGCCUAUGAGCAGCAAGUGGCUGAGGAAGAAGCAAAUGCAAUUAAGAAGAAAAUAAAAAAGAAACUUAAAGAACAGAUGUCUGAAUUCACCCCCAAUGUUCAAAGCCAGGAAAUGGCACUGAAUAAUGAAGUGAGCAAAAAGAAGAAAAAGAAAAAAGAAGUAUCUGUUGUAUCUGAAGCUCAAACAAGGUAUAGUGGCGAAAAGCAAAUUGGUGUGGAUUUAAAUCUUUAACAACUGUUUGAUUUUCAUUGCUGUUGUUGAAAUGGAAAGAGUUGUAUGGCUCUUCCCCCCUCCUCAACCUGAACAUACCAUUUUACAGGAGAAAAUGUCAUGGUGUUAACUUAUCUGAAAAAGCAUGUACAGUAUACCAGUUCUUCUCCCUCCUCGCAAAGUUACUUUCUGAGUUGCUGGGAAGCCAUGAGCUGUUGCUCCUGUGGGAGGUGAAGGCGGGACUCAGGAAGGAGUGCAAGGUAGAGGAAGGUGGGCAAAAUCGCAUUUGGCUUCAUUUCUAUUUCCCAGCUCAGCUUCCAGGCACCAGACCAAACUUGGGCAGAAUCUUUAUUGGCUUCACUGCCUUUCUCUCUUAAUGGCUUCCUCCUAGACACACACUAUCUGUUUCCUAUCUUUAGAGAGGAGAGAAUAGAAUCCUAAGAAACUGCCUUAUACCAAGUCAGGCUGUUGAUCCAUGGAUUUCAGUAUUAUCUCUGAUGACUGGUAAUGGCUCUCUUGGCUUUUUGACAAAAGUAUCUCCCAACCAAACCUGGAGAUGCUGGAGGCUGAACUUGGAUCCUUCUGCAUGCACAGAAGAUGCUCUCCCUCUGAGCUAGGGCCCUCCCCUUUCCCCUUUGUGUUGCUUGGCAAAAGAAAUAUUAUCAUCUGGGUUGAGUGGGGCUGUGCCCCUGUUGUCUGUUGCCUUGGUGACUGGGUGAAUGGUUCCCACCACAUCAUCUCUUCUCAGCUUGUUGACAGCCUCUAUUCUGGAACUACUCUUUGCACGAACCCAGCUUGGUGGGAAGAGAUGAUUCAUUUGUAUCACUUUCCUUGCUCAUCUCAAGAUCUCACUUCAGGGGAGCAGCUAAGUCUAGGGAUGGUAGCAAUGCAUUUGCAAUACAUUGACCCUGCCUUAAGUUUACAUGGCCUCCUUUCCCUCCAUCAAAGCCAGGGGAAGGGAACUGGAUCCAGUUCCCUCCAUCAAAGCCAGGGGAAGGGAACUGGAUCCAGUCAGUGGGCCGUGCUACAAAGGAAAAUCCAAGCUGAUCCCAGCAAGUUUUAAGUUACUGCUGGUCAGCUGAUGGGUCUGCUUUCUGCUGGUUGGCGGUGAUGCCAGUGAGCCUGAAGUUGCUGCCCCACUCCCUUCCCCUUGAGCUCAUAGGUGCGCCAACAUCAAGCUGCCUUCUGCUGGAAGUAUCAAAUUCCCAAUGGGGAAAGUGGAGCUUCAAGUCACUGUUUGAGUUCCCUGUGGCAAUCACUGUGCCACAGCUAAUCCCAGCAGAAAGGGAUAGGUGCUGACUUUCUAUGGUGUCAACUGUGCUAUAGAGCUCACCAUGGGGAAAUCAGUAGUGCAGCCAAUACCAGCUGGUUUGUUCUCACUACCAGUCAUCUGAUCAUUGGUGAAAGCAAGCCUUCUUUGCCAAUGAAAAAUCAGGAGCACAUUCUGCCUGCUUCACACUUGAUCUGACAUCUGGUGCGAGGCAGAUGGCCAUGACUUUGGUGAAAUGGCUUUGUGGGACCCAUGUCAGGCAUAAUUAAGGCUCAUGAGCCGGUGGACCCCACCCCCCCGGCAUGGCUGACCUCAACUAACCACUUUGGCUGAUGGUUGGAGUGUUCCUUACUUGCAUCCCUCUGGCAGACAGCAAUCAUUAUUUUGGCAGGUUUGGGCAGGGCUGGGUGUAUGUAUACAUUCCCUUGUUUAACAGCGAGACUUACUUCAUUGCAGUGCAAUGUCCCUCUCUGAACUACAGAAUGACCCAGAGGAAGAAAAUACCCGCAAAAAGAGAUCAUUGGGAAAACCGCUCAUGUCAGAAUCUAAAGAGGAUGAUGUGCUAACAAAGGAACAGGAACUGGAGGAGGAUAUUGAUAAACAAAAAUCUAAAGGAAAGAAACCGAAAAGAAAACCCAAAAAAGGUUUGUGUGGCUACAAUUUGAACCUCCGCAAAUGUGCACAUGACUACAGAGCUCAUUUAUGUGGCUGCAUUGUGUGCUGUUCUGGGACGUGGGUGGCGCUGUGGGUAAAACCUCAGCGCCUAGGGCUUGCCGAUCGCAUGGUCAGCGGUUCGAAUCCCCGCGGCGGGGUGAGCUCCCGUCGUUCGGUCCCAGCUCCUGCCCACCUAGCAGUUCGAAUGCACUCUUAAGUGCAAGUAGAUAAAUAGGUACCGCUUUAUAGCGGGAAGGUAAACGGCGUUUCCAUGUGCUGCGCUGGUGCCGGCUCGCCAGAGCAGCUUUGUCACGCUGGCCACGUGACCCGGAAGUGUCUCCGGACAGCGCUGGCCCCCGGCCUCUUAAGUGAGAUGGGCGCACAACCCUAGAGUCGGACACGACUGGCCCGUACGGGCAGGGGUACCUUUACCUUUUUAUUGUGUGCUGUUAGUGACCUAGACUGCACCAUCCUUGUGGCAAAAAAGUUGUCUGAAGUUUGUCACAUGUGACCCACUGUGAUUUCGCACAAGUGAACUUUCCAAACCUAGGUUGAGUGGUAGCAUGUAAAAUACUAGUUUGUGCUCAUGAUGGCUGAUUAUCUGCUGAUGAUAAGCCUUGUGCAGUCCAAUUAGAGUGAAAAUUGUACUGUGAGCAUAGAAGAUGAAUGAGUUGCCCUUACCUCACAUUUAUUUCAAAUAAAUAUUGAAAUAAGGACUCAUUUAUUUGUUCAAGAACAGUCCUGCUAUGUAUGAAUAACAAUUUUUGGAAGUGGUCUAUUCGUUUGAUCACUUGGAACACGUUGGAACAUGUAAUUGGAAAGUUUCAGCUGCAUCUGCUGUGUGUGUGUGUGUGUGUGUGUGUGUGUGUGUGUGUUAAACUGCUGUUCAUGUUAAUAGAUCACACAUAAAGAGUAAUGUUGCACAUACUAAUAGCCAGAAUUUCUAUUCACCUAACCAGUUUUUGUCCAAUGACACAUGCCUACAUAUAAGCAAACAUGCUGUCGAAUAUACUAACUGGCUUUUCAUAAUGCAUUGUAGAACUAGCGGGGCUUGGUAACUACAAUAGGUGUUUUCAAUUUAAUUUUGAUAAUAUUUAAUUCUCACUUGAGACAAUCUUCCUUCUGCUCCUAGUACUAGAAGAAAAUACCCCGAAUGCUGAUGAAAAUACAUCACAUGUGACUGAUGGAAGUGUGUCACCGGAAUCAAAACCUGUUUAUGAUGAUAGCCUGGUUUUAGGGGUUUACAUCCAUAGAACAGAUCGACUUAAAACUGAUCUCAUGGUAUCGCAUCCUAUGGUUAAGGUUCAUGUGAUUGAUCAGAAAACUGGUCUAUACGCCAAGAAAGAAAAUAGGUGAUGUCAUUCACUUUUAAAGUUUCCUUUCUCUUAUCUUAUCUCUCCAAUUUUCCCACAUCAAAUGUGAUUUACUGUAAAGACUUCUCAGUUGAGUAUUGGUGUCCCUGGAAUCUCUUUCCUGCUUAACUUGCAUGUUCAGGAUUUUAGUUUGUUUUCAUAGAUAUGUGCGCUUAUUCUCUUGAGUUGCAGUUGAGCCCUCUGGAAAUAUAUGCAGUCAAUUGCAGGAGAAAUGAAAGACUACCAAAAAAAACUGAAAUUCAGUUACUUUUCAAAGUUCAUCCUCAAGAGACUUUUCUGCUUAUGUAAUGUUGCCCAUCUAUAGAGGGCAGGGCAGAGUGUUCAUCAGAUAAUGCCAGAAGGUGGACUGAAUGAGAGGCCAACAUGGAAUAAGGGUUGCAUCAAACCCCAGAGUAGCUUCUAAUACAUGUAAAGGCCAGAAAGAUGACAGGAAAGAAAACAUUACUCAACUCCGUACUCAAAUAAGAUUUAAAGCUGCAGUCCUAUGCAGGAUUUCCUUGGCAGUCCCCUUAAACUAAGUGGAACUUAACUUUCAAAUAAAUAUGCAUAGGAUUAAGCUAUGCUUCUCAUAUGCGAAAUCUCUUAAGUGUCAUAGGGAGCACACUCCAAGCAUAGCAUGUCAAGUAAACAUCAGGUUUUAACCAGCAAAAAGACUGGGUUAAAAUGGUUAAGCACAAAGCACAAAAAGUACGUUUUUUUUGGUAAGAAUAUAGACAUGAAUUUACAACCGUUUGGAUUAUUUCCUUUAACUGUGCCUUUCAUUAAUGUUAGACUACAUUUGCUUUGAGCCAAAGUUAUUGAAGCUGUCCUUGCACUUCACAGGGCUGUGGAUAUUGUGCCUAGAAUAGUCUGAGUUGGAAUAAGUUUAAAGCCAGCUGACACGUGGCUGUUGAACAUUUCACAUACACACCCUGGUAGCAUGAAUGCUAGACUGUUACAUUCCCCAUACUUCCCUUUUAAGCAAAAGGCUAGCACAGUUAGACUGAACAGAGUUUAUUGUUUUUAUACAGCAGCCGAUCUGUUUCAUCUUUUUAUGAACAAGAAAAAGUGGGACAUAUUCUUCCCAUUAUGACUCAGCCGUAUGAUUUUAAGCAGUUUAAGUCAACACUUCCAGAAUGGGAGGAGCUAAUCAUUUUCAAUGAACGCUUUAACUAUUUCCUUCAAGAUACUGAAGAAAGUCCAAGAAUAAUCCUGUUUUUUGAGGUACAGAAUGAAUUUCCAUUUCAUCAUGUUACCUUUAAUUUUGGCAAGUAUCUUUUAAUAUUUUAAUUCAUAGAUUAUUUGAAAGGUAGGUGGCAUAGGAAUUAUGGAUUGUGCCCAUUCACGUAAGGACUCCCACUCGCACAACAGAAUUUCUCUUUCACCAUGCAUCCCAAAAUCUCUCUUGGGGGUUCCUCCAAUACUGUAGAGCCAAUUUCUGUUGUUUCGGCCAGGGAGGAGGAGUGCAGGGUCAUGACUCGGUACUAGAGCAUCAGCUUUGCAUGCAGCAGGUCCCAAUUCAAUCCCUGGUGUCUCCAGAUAUGGUUGGGAAAGACUCCCUGCCUCCAACUCUGAAGAGCUGCUGCCAGUCAGUGUAGACAAUACUGAACUGCUAAGGCAGUUUCUGUGUUCCUAAGCAGAAGUCAUUGCUCCUGUAGACAAGCCAGCUGACAAUAGCAGGUGCAAGGUUCUCUCAAAAUUUCUUCUUAGGCCUCCUAACAGCUUUGUAGGGGAUGCCUGGGAGCUGGGGAAGGAGACAAAGUAUGCAACAAAGAAGCUGCCAAAUGCAUUAUUUGAGAUUUUUCAUUGAUCCUUAAUAAAUAUCCUAAAUCAUUUUGUUUUUGUUCUUGUUUUUAUUAUGUAUUUUGUGCUUUUUUAGCUUGUAUUUUUAUGCUGUGAACUACUUUGCUAUCUACAGAUGAAGGGGGGUAUUUAAAUCUAACAAAUGCAAAAUAAUAAUAAUAAUAAUCUUCCUGAACAUGCCAGCUCUACAUGUUUUCCUGCUAAGAAAACCCGUAUCCACCAUAUUUGAGGGGUUUCUACUUGUUUAUUCUAAGUGAGCUCCCACGUUUUGAGAGCUGAGAUGUGCCAAAUGCAGGAGAACUCUGGAAUUCUCCCAUUGUGCGCAUACACACACACAAAAGCAGAGCUCACUGUGUGGGAGUGGCAUGGAGGUUCUUUCAUAGGCCCCACUCUGUCCCUGCAAAUAGCAUUCAGAGCCAAAAGAAAAUAACUCAGACUAAAAAUAUUCCUUAUCAUAAUUGUUGAUUGACUUUAACUAAAUAAAACUUUUUUCCCAAUUUGGUCAGAUACUUGAUUUUCUGAGCAUGAAUGAUGUAAGGACCAACUUUGAUGUACAAGCUAAGGAAAGUGGCUUUCGGAAAAUCUCUUGGGCAUUUCUAAAGGUAUUUUAUUUAUUUUUUAAAAUGGGAACUUUCCCCCUAAAGUAUCUAAAUAAAAUCUAAGCAGAAGUGAACAUAACCUUCUAUGUUCAGUGGUGAAACUAUAUUUCAAUCUUGGUUGUUGUAAUAGAUGAACUGCAAGCACAUUUGCCCAAUAAAUGUACAAAAUUUAGAUGAGGUACCAAAAAAAAUCCCAUGAAGGUGUUUUGUAUGAAGGUGGAGUUUAGUGCUAUAGCGUUUCAUAAAGCCCCAUGUUUCCCCUGUGUGUAUUGUGGUAUCCUUUCAGAACUGAAUUUAAGAAUCUCUGUGUGCAUCUCUGCUGCAUCUUAUGGUAGAGAUGGUCAUAGCAUAGGCUGACUGAAAACAAAGAAUCCAGUUACCAAGGUUCACCAGCAAGUGCACAAAGGCCUGUACCCCUGUGCCAAAGAUGAGCCCUAAUUCUGUUCUGAGUGGCUUCUCAAUGUCAAUUCAUCCAUACAGAUGAAGUUAUAAUCAGAUGAUCUGCUGAUACCUAACUGUGUGUACUACAUCCUCCCAUAGGAAACCUGUGCCCACUAUCUGCGGUUGCCAAACUAUAAUGUUGUGGUUUUAAAUUGUUACAUCACAAACAGGGUUUCGUCUUUCUUUAUUUAAAAUUUGUUUAUUCUGUAUUUACAGCCUGCAUCAUAACCAAUCCCGGGGCAGUUUAUAUAUUUACAAAUAAAACAAUAAUGCUAAUUGUUUAUCAAUUAAAAGAACCCACAAGAACAGAUAAAAUACUAAAAUAAAACAAUAAUUGUCAAAAUGCAAAGCACUUCCCUCCUUCCAUAUAAGGUUGGCUAGAUUAAUAUUUCACAAAAUCCCAAGUAAAUAAGUUGGUGUCACCUCUGCUUCAGAGGGAAGAUCAUUCCAUGAACAGGAAUGAGAAGGCCCUUUAUCUUGCAGCAACAGAACAUCAAAAAUGGACUUCUCCACAGUUCUACUAGCAUUUAGUUUGUAAAAACUACAUCAUUGUAACCCACAACUAGUAAUCACACAUUUUUUCACUUCGAGAAUUUUGUCUUUUCAGCUUGUGGGUGCGAAUGGAGUUCUGAAUGUUGGUGGAAAACUACGUCUCCAACUAUAUUGCCCUCCUCCAAGGUCCAGAUCGCAACUAAAUAUUGUGGAAGUUUAUGAUUGGUGGGCAAAAUGUCCCAGAAACCAUUACCCCUCAACACUGUAUGUAACUAUAAAGGGCAUUAAACUUCCAGAACAUGUAAGUUUAAGUUGCUACCAACUAAACUUCAGCAGAGAUAUAUCUGUGGACGUGAAUCUGAGAAAAGUUGUUUUUUUGUUGGCUUUUUAUAACAAGCUGUAGAACGGAAACAAUUGGCAUGUUCCCUUAAAUACUUGAACAUUUCACAUCUGGUUGUUCCUGUCCAGUCAUCGCUGGAACUUUGGCUACUUUUCUGCCAGCCAGGUGCUGAAUUUUGUAUUUAAAGGGAAGGGAGAGAGAUCCAUGAAGCAUUUUCAGCCGCUUCUUUCAUUCAGUCUGGUGAAAAUCUGCUGAAGUGAAUAGACUUGCAAUAAUAGAGAUCUAUGAAGGAACCUAAAAUAUAUCUGUGUUACAAUUAUUUUAUUUUUAGAUGUACAAUUUUUAAGAUUUAAGAUUUCAGAAAUAUUGGUCAGACUUCGUUCAUUUUCAUGUUAAAUUAUGAUCCAUUCUGCAGUUCUUUUGGAUUGAUAUGUAGCAUUAGUCAUAUUUAGAGUAGACCCACUGAAAGCAAUUGACUUAAGUAACAGAAGUCCCUUUCAAUGGGUCUGCGUAAUUGGGGUAUGGCUUUUCUUGGCUAUCACCCUAAUAGUUUACAUCUGCCAAAAUAAAUUUGUCCUAUUACACUUUUAAUCUAUUUGUAGGUAGAUCCUUCUUUACGGUCUAUGAUGGCUGUUCAGCAGGAAUAUCAUUCUCCAUCAUUCUUGGACCUACAAAGUGAAGUAUCUAAAAAAGCAAAUAGUUCUGGACCACAUGUGAAAAAAGAAGAACUACAUAAGUGGUCACGAUUUCCUGGACAGGCAAGAGUUUUCAUACCUUUGUACAUAAAGAUUGUGUUUCUAGGGUGCAAUCUAUAAUUGUAUAGCAGCACUUUCUUGUUUUCGGGUGUAAGCACAAAACAAAUGGUUUAAUUCCCCCGCCCUGUGCCCCGGGUAUGUGAAAAGUCCCAACCACUAAUAAUUUCCAUGUCAACUGUGAAGGUUUUGCAGUGUUGCAGUAGAGGCGUGCGUUAGAAUUUAGCAGUGAAGUUUAGACAGUCAAAUUAAGAAAACAGCAUAGUAAAAAGCAUGAAAAUUAGUGUGUUAACACUAUUACCAGUGUUCCCCAGAUUUCUUUGGACCUGUUCAGGCAGUACUUUUGUCCACAGGAUUCUUCUUCUCUUAAUUGUUUAUUUUUAAUUGAUUGGGUAUAUAUCUUUAAAAAGCAAAACAACCAAGCUAACAAUUACAUACCAGAAUUCUACUUAGCUGGUUGAAUGGGAGAAAAAGCUUGUUCCUCAAGCGCAUGCAUUUUUCCCCCUGCUUCCCUCACUGCAGAGAGAAAGUGCUUUCAGAAUUUGCCAUGCUGAUUGCAAGAUCUAUCUUACAUAGUCAUGGAGAUCCUACAUUUAAGCAUAGGUUCUCUUAUGGUAAAACUGUCUGUUACCUUAUUCAUGCUUUUAAAAGAAGCAUACUUAAAUUGACCCCUUUUAUUUUGAUGGAAAAGCAGUCCUGGGGCUCUAAUAUAGAAUGUUCUCUAAACCAGAACAGGGGUCUUGCAGCAGUUUCUCAUUGAUUGCUGCUCAACUCCAUCUCUAUCCCACCAGGAUUAAGCAAGUAACUGGCUCAGGGCCCAGAUCAGCACCCCAUUCUCCUAUGCCAGUGAACACACAUCUGCCACCGUUCCAUUUUUUCUAUGUUAACAGCACCGGUUUUUUUAUCAAAAGUUUGCUGUAACAGUCUAUCACUGAUACCUUCCCGGAAAUAGUUACAAUUAGUUGAUGAUGAAAAUACAACUGUGGAAAUAACGGCUUGCUUUGGAAAUGCAGGUUUGCCGUAUACCAAAUAAGCAUCUGUUUUCCCUACGAGCGGGAGAUAUGGGAUGUUUCUGUAUUCGCUUUUCCGAAGACGGACGAACCUUAGCAGCAGGUUGUGCAGGAAGAGAUGCUUAUCCUAUUAUUUGUAAGUCGCAGCCUUACGGCGUGUUUCACUUUUAAUACAGAGCCUCAAAAUAAUAAGUGUUUUUGUCUCCUAGUUUCAUGUUUUUGAAAAGAUUGCCCCAAGACACAAGUGUUACUUUUGCUGCAUCCUCUCGCAGGCAGAAGAAAUUGGUUUGUGGGACAGCGGAGGGAGGCGGUUUUCAGUUUAAGACUGGCAGAGGGGGCUUUCUUGGUAAUUCCACAGUCCUGAGGUAGCCUAGGAGAGGGCAUUCUUUGUGACAGCCCCUAACUUAUGGAAUUCCUUCCCCAUAUUGAUGUGUUUGGCACCUUCAUUAUGUAGCUGUGUCAGAUGCUGAAGACACACCUCUUUACCCUGGCCUUUGACACAUGAGAGAUAUAUUUUACGAUCCAUGCUGUUCUUGUGGCUGAAAUUUAUUUAAAACUGUAUUUAAUUUUUUUAAAAAAAUCUUUAAUAUUGUAUUGUUUAAAUGUUGUGUUUUAAAAUGACUAAAUAAAUAAACAUUUUAUAAAUAAAUAAAAAUAAAUAAUAAAUAACCUGCCCUGGACCUUAUGGUGAAGGGUGGAGAAAGAAAUAAAAUUAAUGAUAAUGAUAAUAAAAAAUGCAACAACAACAACAAUAACAACUGAUGUAACAAGCAGUUAAGUUUGAACCACUUGUCAAACCUCCUUGGGCUCCAUGAUUGAAGAAAUGAUAGUUAUGAUUAUAUCUAGCCCAUACUGCCAAAGGAGUUCUGGGCAACAAACAAAAGACAGGAUAUAAAUAUGGAGGGGGGGGGAGAGAGAAACAUAAAUAUAUUAGGUACUCUGAGAUGGUUCCAGAAGGGUUUUGGGAAGAAGUAAGUGUUGAGGUAUUUGAAGGAUGAACGUGAGGGAGCACGGCUCGGAAAAAGCAGCAAACUGCUACAAGCAAAAGAAGUGACAUAGAAGAAAGUUUGCAGAUAAAAAUAUGUGUAGAAAAUGAAUGUGGCUUGCAGCAAAUGAUAGUGUAGCUAGUAAUGACUUUUGCAGUAUUUGUGGUUUCUCACCAACCUUCCUUAUCGAUGAGCAGUUACGCAGCAGGAGAAAAGGACACUGAAAUAGUAUUCUUCUUCUUGAAUUGGAGUGCUUUAUAAUGCCAUUUUGCAAAAACACUUUAUUUAAAAGUUUACCACACAUACAUAAUUCUCAUUCAACCACUAGAUGGAAAUAGAUACUUGCAUGCUUGUUUUAAAUUUAGACUCUUAACAUACAUCUGGCAGCCACUUCUGAAAAUCUGAAAAUCAAAUGCUGGUGGAGGCCGGAUAUAACUAUCAUGUCCAGUAGCUGCCGGUAGCUUAUUCUCUCUGCAUUCAUUUAAUUUCCUUUUAAAGCCAUCUAAUCUGGUGACUAUUACAACAUCCUAGGACAGUGUGCUUGUGUUUGUGUGAAGUACUUUUUGAAACCAAAUAGUUUCUGUUUGGAUGCUUCCUUGAUGUUCAUGAUUUCUUAAUUUUACCUAUUCCUAACCCCUUAAAAAGCUUUUUGUGUUUUCAUCAGUAUAUGAGAUUCCUUCUGGGCAAAACCUGGUGGAAUUUUAUGGACACCUGAACAUUGUAUAUGAUCUUUGCUGGUCAAAAGAUAACCAGCAUCUCCUUACCGCAUCCUCAGAUGGUACGGCAAGGUUAGUAUAAGUGAGUUCGUCUUAUUUCAAUGGUAACAUAAAGUGAAUUAACAUAUUAUAUGUCUGCCUCUUUCCCUUCUUUUUCACAGACAGGGUGUGGGAGAAUUCCGUGACAGAACCACUACAGUUCCACUGCAAAGAGAGUGGAAGUUUUUUGGGGUUUUUUUUGCAACUGCUCCCUACCUUUAGGGCCUUAGUAUGUGUAAGGGUGUUCUGGUUAUUUAAUAAAUAUCAUCCUCAUAGGAUCACUUUUCUGCAAAGGCAAUCUCUUGAGGAGAAAAUAAAGCAAAACCCUCCACUCAACCAUAUUCUACAGACAUCUUUUUGACUGUAUCCUGUUCUCUUUACCCUCGCUUAAUAUAAAUUAUUACUUUUUAUUGUUGCCCUUUCACUCUUGCACUAAAGAAGAGAUGAGGAUUUUAUUUUUAUUUAAUGCAAACCUCCACUUACAGCAGUGACACUCUGCUAGGUUAUACUGGAUAAACUGGCACUUCAAAAUGGCAUUUGCAUGGGGGGGAAUAUUUAAGGUGUUUAAAGUUAAAACAAAACAAACCACAAAUUACUUCUUAAGAUAGAGGACAGCACAAAAAGCAAAUGAAUGUUAUUUUGAUUCUUUGUAAUAAUUCAGUGAAGAAAUUAUAUCCAUUCUGGAUAUCUGGCUAGCAUAUGACUUGGUAAUUAAAUCACCUACUGCAUUUUCUAAAAGGCAUUAAGUUAAGAGUUUCCUAAAUAUUGUUUCCUUCUAGAAUGUGGAAAAUUGAAGCCCAGGCUACAUCAGCCGUGAGAGUUUUCCCUCAUCCUUCCUUUGUCUACACUGCUAAGUACCAUCCAGUAGCUGAAUAUAUCAUAGUGACAGGAUGUUACGACUCUGUGAUUAGAGUAUGGAAUGCAAAAGUGAAGGACAUUUAUGGGCAGCUUCUACAAGAGUUUGAUGGUCACAAAAGUUUUAUCAAUACAUUGUGCUUUGAUGCAGAAGGCAAGUUUUGAAUCAUUUCACUCUGAUAAUGCUGUAUGCAACAAUUUAGCUCAUUCAUCUUUAUAAUAACUCUUGCCAGGUGUGGCGUGACUGUUAUCAUUUUGUAGAUGGAGGCUGAGAGGUUGUGACAGCCUUGUUGACAAUAGAACGUGGCUAAGCAGAGAGGGGAAAGGGGUGUGGCUGAUCAGAAGGGCCUGUGCCACCUGCAGAAUCUUCUUCCCAUUCAUGCCCUUUUUUAAAAAAAGACAAGGUCCCUUUAAUCAAAGCACAGCAUGAGAAAAGCAUAUUAUGUGCAUUGUUUGAUGCAAAUGGGACCCAAAUGCUCAUUAAAUAGAAAUAAAUAAAUAAAUGAUUGUGAAAAUUCAUGUGAUUAGACAGAAUGUGAGAUGACUAGGAUGGGGAAAAAAUUGAUCACAUUCAGGGUUGCAUAUCAUAUGUGGCAUCUGGCCAGUGAUCUCCCAUGUCACAUGUAAUUUUAAAUUGGCGUGGUUUAAAAUUUUGAGCUUUCAUUAACAUUUUAAAUGCUGUAUAUUUAUUACAGUGAGCCACUUUGAGGCCUACGUGGUGAAAAGUGGGAUAUCGAUAUUUAAAUUUUUUUAAAAACGUAAUUGGGCCCUAAAACCACGAGACUAGCAGUUGUUCUACACUUUAUGUGUCCAUUGUGCGCGCCAUGAAAGUUUCCCCAAACAUACUGGUGUUUCCCCAUGGCAAACUUGUAAACUUUGUACUUGAGUACUGCUUGCAGCUCUCCCACAGCUUUUCUCACACCUAUGUAAGGUGAGAAAAACUGGGUGCUAAAGACUCAGCUCUGGAGACAACUGGGGACAGGGUGAAACAAGAGUCACAAAAGAAACAGGAAACAGGCAUUCGGAGCAAAAGAAAGAGAUGCAAAAGGGAAAAGAGAUUUGACUAGAAAAUAUUUUCUGAAUUGCGUUAUCUGAAUACUGUGUGACAUUAAGUAAACAAAUUACUAUUUUCUAGGAUUUCAUAUGUUUUCUGGAGACAGCACAGGGCUGAUCAUCAUCUGGAAUACUUUGGUAAAAGGCAAUUCUCAAUCGCCAAUCCAAAACUGGGGAAUUGAUAAGGUAUAUAGAUAUUUUAAAGUAAUAAAAUAACUUCUGUGCAGGUUGAGGCAUUUAAGACAUGUAAUUUUAUGGAAAGAUGCUGGAAACAAGUAGGUUUGUAGCAAGUAGGUUUGAGUUUUGUUCCUGUUAGCAGUAGGUAAGUGGUACAUAGACAGGAUUCACCAAACCAGUCCUGCCAGUGGGAUUCCCUGCCCUUGCCCCCUCCUUGAACCCCCUUGAGAAAGGGACUGAAAUUUUGAAAAUAAAAGUGGUGCAGUCACUUAGAAUAGAGCAACUUCCCUAUGAGAAAAUGUUACAUCAUUUGGAGCCUUUUAGCUUAGAAAGGCAAUUAAGGAGGAAUAUGAUAGAGGUGUGUAAGAUUAUGUACGGUGCAGAGAAAGUGGAUGGAGUUUUUCUCCCUCUGGUAUAAUUCUAGAACCCAGGACCAUCCACUGAAACUGCAUUUUGAAAGAUUCAGGACAGACAAAAGAGCGUACUUCUCCACUCAGCACAUAGUUAAACUAUGGAAUUUGCUGGCACAGAAUGCAGUUAUGGUAAUCAACGUGGAUGACUUUAAAGGAGAAUUAGACCAAUUUAUGGGGGAUAGGACUAUUAGUGGCUACUAGUCAUGUUGGCUAUGUUCCACCUCCACAUUCAGAGGUAUGCCUCUAAACACCAGUUGCUGGGAAUCAAAAGUAGGGACAGUAUGUUGAGCUCAGGUACCGCUUGUGUGCUUCCUAUUGUCGUCUGGUUGGGUACUUUAAGAACAUAAUUCUGGACUAUAUGAGUCCUAGUCCAACAAGGCUCUUUUGUGUUGAGAUUCUUCUCCAUAAGAAGUAGUGUUGGCUGCCAAUUUAAAUGACUUUCGGGGGGGAUUAGACAAACUCAUGGAUGAUAAGGAUGUUACCAUAAAGCACCAAUGCUGCAGCAAGCAAAGGCUUUAGCAGCUCAGCCAGCUGCUUGUGGCUGGAAAGCCAGGCAGGAUGUUUGUGACUGUUGCCAUGGGAACAAAGGGGCAGUCCAUUCUGUACUGAGCACCGGAUGUUAGCUCAGUGUGUGUGUGUCAUAUGACCCGUACUGGAUGUACUUGGGAGGAGUUUUCUUCUUGCUGUUGUUGAGUGCAGACAUGAUUCUCUGUACUGAUGUAAGAGGCAGAAAUAAAUGAUGUAAAUAGUUUUCUGUCUGCUUCUUUCCCCUCCCUGGGGACACCAAAGGGGAGAGAGGAAGAACGGUGUGUUCCUCUCAUACAUCUGAGAAGAAUCGCCGGACCUCGCCUGCUUAUCAGCAGAGUGGAGACGCGGGGAGGUCGACAGGAAUAUCUGCCGGUGCCUACGCUGUGGCACAUUCCUCUGACCCAGGCAGAAUUCCAACAGUGGCAGCCUUCGGAUGGUUGCGAUUCAUCGGACAUCUGCAUGAGAGGCUGGUGGAUUGUCCUCCACUGCUCCAAGGAGGAAUAGAAGCGUCUGAAAGAAGCCAGAGGCUCCACAGACAGCUGAUGGAAAGAAGAGGUGUUUUCCAGAGCAACAAAGUUCAAGGUAUGCUGCAUUUCGGGCUAAAAGUGUGAACGCAGGAAGAUUAAUUCCCUGGUUCACGGAGCUGCGUUUCAAAGAAAACAAGAGCUCCGAGAGGAAGAGGCCUGCAGCUUGAAGGCUGAAGCCUGCAUUCCACAAAUUUUUGUGGUAGAUAAGGAGUCCCAUUGAAAUGCAUUGUUGCUAGGCAACGGUCCUGGAAAGUUACUGGCAAGGGGCUGGACUCUGAGUGUAAGCCUGGGAAAGCGAAACAAAACCAGAGAAUGUUUUGGCUACAAGGUUUACGAGCUCUUGGAAGGGACUUUUCAAUAGCAGCCUGAGUUUAGCUGCCAGGUGCAAAGAGCGUAAACAACUUGCAGUUUGCCUGCGUGAGAAAGAAAAAAACUGCUGUUGGAUUUUGCAGCUUGUUUGGAGGUGAGAGAGACUUGGCUUCAAGAUGGAUGCCAAGAAAGGGGGAGGUUUGCCUUGCCCACCUCCCUUAACCAAUGACAAUUAUUCAUCUUGGUCUGUAAAGAUGAAGGCCCUGCUGCAGAAUCAGAGGCUUUUUGAUGUAAUUGAAAACCCCAUCCCUGCAGCACCAACCAGAGGUUGGGAGUCACAGAAUGUAAGGGCCAGGACUGCUAUAAUUCUGUGUGUCUCAGAUGAUCAGUUGGUGCAUGUUCAGCAUUUAGAAAAUGCGAAAGAGGUAUGGGACACGCUGCGUACAACGCAUCAGAGAGAUGCUGGUUCUUCAGCGUUGCUGUAUUUUGAGAAAUUGACCAAUCUGAGACUUGCGCCUGAUGGAGAUGUUCAAGCGCACCUGACAGAAAUGAAGUUUCUGCGUCAACAGAUGGUGGAACGCAAUUUCCGUCUUCAGGAGGAAGUGUUUUGCUUCAUGAUGAUAAACAGCCUUAGCCGCACCUACAAGGUUGUUGCCAGUCAGCUUGGUUCCCUACCGGCCGCGCAGCUGACCGCGGAGAGAGUUUGUGCUGUGGUCCUGAAUGAACACGACAGACUUGCUGCACUGGAAGAAAAAGACAGGGGAGGGAAGAACAGAGUUCUAAUUCCCCACUGCUGAUGCUACUGGAGAGCAUGGUGUAGCAUUGAGUGCUGUCCGAUGCUACAAUUGUGGACAGACUGGGCAUCUACAGCGAAACUGUAAGAAGCCGCGCCAGUCAAGAGGAGCAAAGAGCAGCUCUACGAAGCCUCAGGCGUCAGGCAAAAGCCGUUCCAAGUGCCAGGUGAAACCUGCAAAGGCUAUGAUGGCGAAAGGAACCACGCCAGAUGUUGGGAACUCGUUCAUAAUUGACACGGGCGCAACGGUUCAUAUGUGCCCGCACAGAGGACUAUUUUCGACGUUGAAGAAGCAAAGCUUCACUGUGAAACAGGCCAACGGUCAGGAGUUGGAAGCGACUGGAAUUGGGACUGUGUAUCUUGAGAGUCUGAACUUGACUAUAAGUGAUGUUUACCUGGUUCCAGAACUGAGAUUUAAUCUGCUGAGCGUGUCGCAGAUUGCAAAGAAAGGACUGAAACUGUCCUAUGAUGCUAAAAGCUGCAAGAUCUACAAAGAUGGAGAACUGUUUCUUACUGCCAAAGAGAAAGAUGGACUGUAUUUGUUGACUUUUGAUCAAAGUGAUUACAUGAAAUGUAAUUCUGCUGUUUCUAACGAAAUCUCUCUUGCAGGAGUGACCAGUGUGAGCACCAGGAAGGUGACUAAGACCAAGAAGGUCAACAGAGCAUUUCAGCGGGUGUAUGCUGAUGUGAUUGGUCCUCUAGAACCAUCUAGAGGCGGUGCAAAAUUUUACCUUGUGUGUGUGGAUUGUUUCACUAAUUAUUCUUGGGUUUACAUGAUGGAGAAACCGCAAGAAACUUUAGAAAAGUUUCAGGAGUUUUGUGACAAGGUUAAAAGUAUGCAUGAUGCUAACAUUGAUUGUCUUUUCACAGAUGAGAAGCAAAUUUUUCUGUUGCAGAAGUUUCAGAAGUUCCUGGAUGGAAAAGGGAUAGACCACAAAGUUGCAGUCUCGCAAGAAGCGUGGAACAGGGGGUUUGUGUAAGAGUGAACAAAGAAUUGCAAAAGGGGAUGAAUGCGCAAUUGCUGAGUUCACAUUUGCCACAUGAAUAUUGGGCCGAAUCGCUAGCGUCCUAUCUUCAUGUGUGGUUGAGAAAGGUCUCAACAGAGUUGGGAUGUUCUCCUUUUGAGAAGCUGUUCAAUAGAAAACCUUCUGUUGCCUAUUUUAAGGUUUUCGGGUCUCAUGUGAGAACAGAAGCUCCAGGUGGAGUAAAGAAUGCCAGAGGCAUUUUCGUAGGUUAUGAAAAAGGUCUCUACAGAGUAAUUUUGUCUGAAUCUGGUCAGGUGAUUCUCACAAAGUUCCUAGAGAGUGCUCCAAAGCAAGAGCGGAUAGUACAGACAUUUCCCACAGAGGAUUCUGAUGAUAAUGAUGAUGAUGAGUUUGAUCUUAUUGAGUUCAGUAGUACUGAUGAUGACAGCGAUAGCUCAGACAGCUCAGUUGUCACAGUCAUUGAGAGAAAAUCUCACACAAUGGAUAGACCUUCACAGGUGAAGGAAGAACCACUGAUUGCUACUGGUUCUCAACAGAGUCCAAAGGUUGAACCAGUGAGCACAGAGGAUCAGAACCUCAUACGCAGGUCUGAGAGAGCAACGAAGGGUGUACCACCCAAGAGGUAUUCAAAGGAGUUUGCUAACCUUGCAUAUGUUGCUAUUGUAAACGACCAAGGACAGCUUGAAGCUGUGUCUGAGUCAGAGACAAAGGCACAACAGAGAGUUGUUAACCAAGGUAAUGCGAAGUCACACAACCAGAGAGGUACAUUGGUUAAACCAGUGGCGGGUAGUUCCAAGGGUGGAACUGAAACAACAGGGGAAUGUUAUAAAUAUAACAACUGUUUGUUUUCUUCUCUGGAUGACGCUUUGCUCGCAGCACACAUUGAUACUUUAGGGGGAGUAUGUUACCAUAAAGCACCAAUGCUGCAGCAAGCAAAGGCUCUAGCAGCUCAGCCAGCUGCUUGUGGCUGGAAAGCCAGGCAGGAUGUUUGUGACUGUUGCCAUGGGAACAAAGGGGCAGUCCAUUCUGUACUGAGCACCGGAUGUUAGCUCAGUGUGUGUGUGUCAUAUGACCCGUACUGGAUGUACUUGGGAGGAGUUUCUUCUUGCUGUUGUUGAGUGCAGACAUGAUUCUCUGUACUGAUGUAAGAGGCAGAAAUAAAUGAUGUAAAUAGUUUUCUGUCUGCUUCUUUCCCCCCCUGGGGACACCAAAGGGGAGAGAGGAAGAACGGUGUGUUCCUCUCAUACAUCUGAGAAGAAUCGCCGGACCUCGCCUGCUUAUCAGCAGAGUGGAGACGCGGGGAGGUCGACAGGAAUAUCUGCCGGUGCCUACGCUGUGGCACAUUCCUCUGACCCAGGCAGAAUUCCAACAAAGGUUGCUAGCAAUGAUAGCUCUGUAGUUACUAUAGGAGCAUAGACACUAUGCCUCUGAAUAGCCUUUGCUCAGAAUCAACCAUGGGAAAUGGACUUUGCAGAGGUAUCUGAUCUCCACAGUGGGUUGCUAGACUAGAUAGGCCUUUGCUUUGAUCUGGGAGGGGGCUUCUGCUUAUGAGUAUACUAUAUUGCAUCCAUGUUUUUACUAGCUCUGUCGGUGGUGUUUUUUGUAGGAGAUAAAUGAUGAUGAUUUUAAAGGGACCGCGAUCAAUCAUUUAGAGGUACAUCCAAAUGGAAGGCGUUUAUUGAUCCAUACUAAAGACAGUACUGUGAGAAUUAUGGAUCUCCGAAUGUAAGUAUCUAAAAGUGACUUACUUUGUUUUAAAGCGUUAAAAUGAUAUUUGGGUAUAAUCUGUUAUCUUUUCUUUCCACACACUUAAAAAUAACCUAAAUUGCCCUAUUAUUUCCAGGGAUAGUAGGAGGACCUUAGACUUCCAAAAAGUUCUUCCUUCUGGGGGCCACAAAGCAGUAUGAAUCUAAAAGGGAGAAAGAGGCUCCUGGAUUAAUUCUGCAUUGUUAGUGGGGUAGGUAGGGUUUUCCCUGGAUCCUACUCAAAUGUGGGGCCUGAGCCCAAGUAUUUUUUAUUUUCAAUCAUUAGCAGUCUUUGUGCAUUUUAGUUAGUAGGUGGGAGAUUGGAAGUAGGAAAGUAUUACUAAAAGAAAAUCCUCAGAAAAUUCCCUAGAACCUUCUAAGAGACAGUUUGAAUUCUGACCUGUUGCUAUUUCUACUAACCAAGAGCUAUACCUUAUUUCUGUUUGACUGUAUAUCAGUUAAAUUUCAAGGGAUUAAUUGGAAUUAUGAUGAUACUCUCAGUCUUGGUACUGAGAGCCUCCUAUUCCUUUGGCUGAUGCAUCUAGAUUGACUCUGCCUCUAUCAAAUGACUCUGAGGGAGGGUCAUUCUGUGGUCUGAGGAUGUUUGCCUACCACAUCCUGGAGUGAAAAUUCACAGUAAAGUGGAAUUCAGCUUUUAUAACAUCUUUUUGAAUUUUUUUCUAGUCUUGCCACAAAGAAAUAUAUUGGUGCAACAAACUAUCGAGAAAAAAUCCGCAGUACUUUAACACCAUGUGGAACAUUCCUUUUUUCUGGAAGUGAAGAUGGUAUAGCCUAUGUCUGGAAUCCAGAAACAGGUAUAGAAGUUAAUUACUUUAAGCUGUUAGAAAAGAACUAUAUAUUUUUUUCAUUUACAGGUUAACAUAUUUUAAAUGAGGCUUUUCAAAUAACUUUGGCAUAGAAUCAAAAAUGCAGAGCUGUUUGCCUUCUAUCCAUUGCUUCCUGUAUGCUGAUUUAAGUGACUUUUUGCCCCUUUCUGCUUAAUUUGGAAGAGGUGUUUGUGUGUGAGAGGGAGUAUCUGAGUUAGUUCACAUACAAAAGGCUUUAGCAAUUGCUGCUCUCUUUCCCUACCCACUGUGUGCCACAGUUUCUUCACCUACAUUCUGGUUCUUGGUGAUCCAUAGUUUACUGCUUUGUCUGAACUGGGCAAACUGUGGUCAGCUCAAGCCAUACAUAGCCCUCAAAUCCAAGGUUUGAUUGGGUGUGAAUAAUCACUGUAGCUUGUAUCCAACAAUUUCAUCUUGUUUGGGCAAGGACUUCUGUCUGUGCAUGAAACUUCUCCACUCGUGUGUCCCUCAGAUCUGUUUGGGAGGUGGGGGUCAGUCAACCCUCCAGAUGUUCAAUAGCAAAUGGUCUUGGGGUAGAAAUAGUGCUGAUUCAGACAGACUCUAAGCCACAUCUGGCACAGCAUGAAGCACCUCAGAAUGAGGUGUGCUAUUUUCUGAAAGAAUGAAUUGGGUUCCCAACUGAAUUUUGUAGUUGGUGUACAGCGCUAGUUUCAGGUUUUCUUAUCUUUCCCACCUUUGAUUAUUUUUCUAUCUGGCAGUUGUUUAUAUACUGCUGUGGGGCUUUCCUCAAUACCUUUACUGAUAUAGUUGACAUGCACAGCAACAAAUAAAGUUUUUCAUUAAUGUAGACACAGCAUAAAAAACACCAUAGCAACAAAAUAGAGCAGCAGAUAAGUAUUUUGUACCUGUACAAAAGGAAAAGAGGAGAAGCUAAACAUGUUAUGCACAGGAUAUUUGCCUAUAAUUCUCAGAUGGCAAGUAUGAGAUCAUUCUUUGGUCAUUGGACUCAUUAAAGUCAAACUAGCUAUACUAAUGAAGAAAUGCGUGGCCAUUUGAAUAAAGCUCUGUCUAACUGUUUCUUUUUAAUUUUAACUUUCUUUUUGUAGGUGAUCAGGUAGCCAUGUACUCUGAUCUCUCCUUCACAUCUCCAGUUCGUGAUGUUGCCUUCCAUCCACAUGAGCAUAUGGUGUCAUUUUGUGCCUUUGGUCAAAACCAGCCUAUACUCGUGUACAUUUAUGAUUACAAAGGUAAUUUGUGUGUGACUGUAUAGGUCUAUCUAGCAUUUCCUAAUCUGCAGCGACUGUGACAGGCCAUUCUCCCAACUUUGAAGCCAAAGUGGUGGGCAGCUAUCAUUCCAGCAGCCUUGCAGGGAUCUCUGCUCCCCUCCCCAGUUCCAAAGUGGGGAUAUUUCUUUCUGUAAUAUCGGGGUGUGGAGAAAGAGAUUGUGAUAAGGACUGCAGUGCAUAUGGAAAUUCCCUCUUGCCAAGCUUCUUAGCUGCAUGUGAGAGGGAGAUUUUUCACCCAGAGAGCAGCUGUUUUAGAGCUAGACGUUCUCUGCUGCACCCCUGAGUCCCCAUAAUCCCCAUUCCUGUGCUUCUAAUUAAAUAAAAAACAUGGGCAUAGCUGCACACUACACAUUUAGCAUAAUGUAUAGCUUGGACAUAGUUAAAGCCUAAUAUACUGGCACAAAGCUCUUGCCAAAGAAAUUUACUCUUGUUGUGCUUAAAUGUUAUUUGCCAAGACUGUGGCUGCAUCUAUGCUUUUGGAGUGCAUUGCCUUGCCAGUUGUUUCAGAAACAGGUUUUCAAAAAUCUUGAGGAUAGCCCAAAUAAAUUUAAUGCCAGUAAAAUAUCAAAGCUAGCUUUUAGCGAUGGUGAAAGCCAGAGAAAGGAUAAAGGAGGUUAUUGUUAGACCUGCCCCAGCAUCCCCUAGUGGCAAAGAAAGAUUAUUGCAAUGAAAACGCCAAAAAUGUAUUUUGAGGACGGGAGUUUACCAGCCCAGAUUGCUAGGCAAGGGCAUGUCUGCAUUGCCAAGAAUGCCAAGCUUCUCUAUCGAAACCUGUACUACAAGAUAAUCUCACUCUUAGGUAUAUAUAUGACAGACAUAGUCAUUUCAGGGUGCCAGGAUGGGGUAGCAGUCUCAGGGUCCCCUGAGCUACAUCCCUGCAUGAAGAGAAAAGCUUUUUCGUUUGUGUUUUUUAUGCUCCUGCUACAGCUCAAUUGUUUGCAGUGGAAGGGGGAGGAAUUUCUGGUGUGGACAUGCUCUUAUGGAGCAUCUUUUGCAAUGCAGGAAAGAAGCCCUCUACCUCAGCUAUUAUAUAAGACCUUUUUCACAAUGAUUUUCAUUUUUUAAAAAGAUUGUAAAGGCAGUGAACAAGAGAACAAAUGGCUUUGGGCCUUUCGUUAUUCAGAGAUAAAUGAUUUUCUCUGUAGUGCUUCUAAACUCUUUACUCUUUAUAGGCAAGAUUUUCAGUUGUCUCCCCCUCUCAAAUCACAUAUAGUAGAGCAAGUUUGUUUCAAGUAUUUAUAUGCUGUCUUUCUGCUUUCAGCCUUGAGGCAGUUCAGUGAAGUCAUAUAAAGUAUCCAGUCUAUGUUGGCCUUCCCAACUUGCUGACGUCCAAGUGUUCUGGACAGAGGUGCCAAGUUGUGCCCAACAUUGGGGGGGGGCGUUGAGUGUGUGUGACCCCACAGCCCAGCCAGGCCAACUCAGCCUGCCAUCCUCUGCCCGCCUGCCACCUUACCUUUAUUUGCCGCCACUGCUGUGAGGCUGAGGUCAACUCUUUCCCCUCCAUGAGGCCCACUUUGGCGUGUUUCUUUGGAUUGCCAGGGUGCCUUCCCAAAAGAUAAAAAGCUUCUAGGGACCAGCCAGUUAGUAUCCUUUCAAACCUGAUAGUAUCUUUCUUGAUCUGUGGUAUACAUACUAUCCAGGCAUAGGGAAUUAAUUAUGACUACAGUGGUACCUCGGGUUAAGAACUUAAUUCGUUCUGGAGGUCUGUUCUUAACCUGAAACUGUUCUUAACCUGAGGUACCACUUUAGCUAAUGGGGCCUUCUGCUGCCGCUGCAUGAAUUCUGUUCUCAUCCUGAAGCAAAGUUCUUAACCCGAGGUACUAUUUCUGGGUUAGCAGAGUCUGUAACCUGAAGCAUCUGUAACCCGAGGUACCACUGUACAGAUUUUUAGACUAGUCAGUUUUUUGUGGCUUCUCUGAUCCAAUAGUAUACAGUCUUUUAUGAAAAUAUGAACUUAGUGCUGUUCCAAUAUUUUUCAUCUGCAGUUGCCCAACAAGAAGCUGAAUUAGUAAAAGAUUUUAGAGGAUUGAAUCUAUCCACAUCAUCUAGAGGUCCACAGAUUUUUAGCAAUUCUGCUGAUAUUUCUGGACAAAAAGACUCAAUGUCUCCUGCUGACCAGUUUGCCAGUGCUGCAAGGAUGUCUCUGAGGAUGCAGAAAGUGAAACAAAAACUGGAUUCUGUUAUGGUAUGGUUACAUUUCUUUAUUAUUUCCCCACUAACUGUUCAUCUGUAGUGGGUAAGGUGGGAGGGGAGGGAUUUAGGUUGGCUUCUUCAGUACCUCAAUCUCUUUGCACCUUGGGGAGGGCUUCUCCUUGCAAGGACUCUUUCUGCUGUUUGAGGAUGUCCUACUUCAUGUGCUCUGUUGUAUUAGAUCCAUCAGAGCGUGAGUGUAUCCGACAAAAAUAAUGUCUCCUCUCUGUCUUCAUUUCUGUUGUGCUUAUCCAAAAUAUACAUAUCAGCUAGGCUCAGCUAUUACUGGUCCACUAGUGCUGGUCGACUAGUUUGCAUAUGCCAAAGAAGCACGGCCAUUCUAAUGAUACAGGCCCUAGCAUCUUGAGUCACUGUCUUCUUAUCUCUCUACAGCUACCUUUGAAAAUGGAAUGAGUAACCUCAGGUAUACCCCAGCACCAUGCUCUUCUGCUUUAAUGUAACUUUUAAAUGGACCGAAUUAACCACUAUCCAAUACUGUUAGAACAUUAAGUAUUGGGAAAUGAAGCUUAACUAAGGUUUGCUGCUUUUCAGCACACCUCUCAUCAUACUAUUUAUUAUUCACUUUAUCAUAUUUAAGAUAUUUAUAGGCUGCCUUUCUGAGUAGAAUUCUCUGCAGGCAACUUUGCCAGAAGGAACCACCGCCAUAUCCAUAGCCUGGCCACUUGCAGCAGAAAGUAGGGGGAAGACAACUGGGCCCGAUGCUGUUAUAUGACAGCAGUGAGAUUGGUCAGGAUCCAGCAAACUUUGCCCCUCCUACCCCAUGAAAUGCCUCAUUUCAUGGCUUUCUGCUGGCCCUUGCCAGCAGGGAUAACACCAGUGGGCCACAGCUGACAGAAGGCCAGCUUAGCUGGGGGAGCUGAGUGGACCAGCACCUCCAUUUGGCGCAAAACACUCACUUCACUGUGGAAGAGCGAAUUUGGAUUGUUCUACCCCACGAUAGAAAAUCAAAAAUAUAACAGCCAAAAUACGCUCUCAGCACUUAAUGAACGAGCAAUAAUAAAACACGCACCCAGUCAAAAAGAAAGACAGUUUCCCCAGAUUAAAACGAUUGUUGUUGUUUAAAAAAGCACAAUAUUUUAUAAUAAUAAAAACAACAGCCCACAAAUAGAUGUAUAGCGUCUUGAAAGCAUGUUGUUACAAGGUGCACCAGCCAGGGUUCAUUAACACUAUCUCUUCUCUAGCUGUAUUUCAGACAGGUUUGCAGCAAUAACCUUGCUCUGUAGGGAUAAGUGUGGUAUUUCCUAGAUAGCAUGCACUUUGCUGUCUCUCAGUAUUUUACCUCCAGCACUUCCUAUUUCUGUCCCAUUUCCAAGUGGUGGGUCACAAUAGCCUUAUGCAUCCUAGUAGGUGCAAGAAAAGUUGCUACAAGGUGGUAAAAAAUUUUACAUGCAGGGAUUUAUCAUCUGAGAUCAAUAUAAUUAAGUAUGAAAAAGCUGUAAAUAUAUUGUUAUUACUUAAGGCAAAAUAGGCACACACAAUUGUAUACUUUUAUAGCUGCCAGAAGCAAAUGCUUCAGAACUAAAUGAAAGACCUCUCUGAAUCUUGAUUGAAGCGAACAUAAUUACAAUUUUUGGCAUGUCUUAUAAGUGACAAAUGUUUAUAUUGUACCUCCCAAAAGUAUGUAUAAUUAUGUGUUAUCUUUUGAGACUGAGAAAAGGUGUGGCUUAUUCAAAUGUAGAUAUAUCCUUGUAUUUAUAAAAUAGUCAUAGUAUUUUACAUUUGCCUUCAUUUGACAUAGUUGCAGGUUUUUUUAUAUUCAUCUCAAUAAGUUUAAUAAAUGACCUCCACUUUUGCUUUCCCUCCUCUCUUCCAUUUGUACCCAUUCUUUUUUGGCAAUAAUAAUUUUUACUAAUUUCAAUAUACAAACUACCUUUUAAGAAUUUCUCUCUCUUUGUCUUUCCCUUAGCAGUGAAAAAAUUCAGUUUAAAAGCUUUCAUUCAAUUUAUUUGAUUCUUCUUAAUAUUUUCCAGGUUUUCUAGUAUGGAUUCCAUUAUUGAAAUUCAAGAAAAAGCAAAGCCAGGGCUUUGAUGUAUAGGCUUUAUGUAGUUACUCACUGACAAGGAUGAGGCAAGCACUUGCACGUCAGGGAGGCUUGGAAAUGUCACACACACACACACACACACACACACACACACAAACACUGUUCAAAUACUAGCAGCCCAUUUUGGAUCGAUCAAAUACUUGCUAGUUUGAUUCCCCAGCAUCUGUGCUCCACUGCUACCUAGCUCACUUAAUAUUGCAGGCGCAUGCUGGACCCCCUCAAUCUUGGGGGCAACCUGGAGCUUCUGGUUGGAGGUAUCAAUAUUUGGGGGAGGGCACGUUUUGCCAAAGUACAACACUUUCAGUGGUGGUGGGGAGCCUAAGUUCAGGCUGGGAUCCAAAAUCGCCAGUGAGAACUGAGCAUGCUCAGUAUUAUUAUUAUUAUUAAUAAUAAUAAUAAUAAUAAUACCCUGUCCAUCUGGCUGGGUUUCCCCGGCCACUCUAGGCAGCUUACAGAAUAUAUAAAACAUAAUAAAGCAUCAAACAUUAAAAGUUUCCCGAUACAGGGCUGCCUUCAGAUGUCUCCUAAAAGUUGUAUGGUUCUUUAUUGACAUCUGAAGGGAGGGUGUUCCACAGGGAGGGUGCCACUACCGAGAAAGCCCUCUGCCUGACUUGGAGGAGAAGCAGAAAAUGGGGGGGGGGGUAGCAAUGCAACUGAGUAUCCUGGAGAGCGAGCCCAAAGAGGAAUACACCACAUUGCAAUGCUUUGUAGCAGUGUCACUUGUGUAUAGCCAGAGCAGUCCCAGUUAUCUGAAGCAGUUGGGUCCUUGGAUAGGCAAAACAGCACUAUCCACACGCAAGAGGAAAGGUAUCAGCAGACGUAAGGAAGCCUCAGCAUCUCUUCAAACCAGCCCAGUAGAGACUUUGCAUGCUCAGCGUCCACAGAAUGCUGACCAAGUAAUGGGGGUGGACAGAAAGGAAACCAGAAGGGAGAGGAAUGGAAUGAACCAGGCCCAUUGCAUGUCUCAUUUGCGACUAGUUUUGGGUUGGAUCCAGAGUUCAUUUAAGUGCUACUAAGUUCAUGGUAGUUGAGGGACCCUUCUGAACAGCAUGGGAGGUGGCGCCUACAGAGGGAAGGGGAAUCAGUGAAAAGACCUUCCCCCUCGAUCCAGAAGGAACAUCUGUGAGAUCGCAGCCUCAUCUAUUAAUGGGAGGAACCCUUCUGUUUGCUGAGGGCAAAUUUGGCUCCAACUCUGAUUGCACCAGUAUGGUGCUGCAGUGUAGUUGAUUCUUUUCUACAGCUUUUGAGAAGUUUGCUCAAAGCCAGUUGUGCAGGAUGUUUCAGAGUACAAGCAACUUGCAUUGUGCACAGAAGUAAGACUAGAUAGGGGUAUGGGAGGUGCCGUCUGCCUGAAAACUGCACAGAGAAACGAGACUCUAAUUUUAGAGUCCGGUGGAUAUCUUCCACAUGCAAGUAAAUCCUCACUUGUUUUGGCAAUAGCUAGACAGCAGCUUUUUCUAUGAUGGCUUACUUUUCUAGAAAUGAUGUAUGAUUUGCCCGUAGGAGAACUGUAAAUACUCAAAAUGCGUUAGGAAAAAUUCAAUAUAGGAAAAUAUAUUUUCCAGUAAAUUCUUUUCUAAUACUAAUUGGCUUUGCCUUCCUUGUCGUUAUUCUGUGAGCAAUAAGUGACAUAUAAAUAGCAGCAAGUAAUAUAUUUAUAUGUAGGAUCAAAGUUCAGGUUUGCAUAGAUUAUAUUGCAAAACUAUAUUUUUUGUAUUAGAGUGGUUUUGCAUGUGGGGCUGCUCCAGUAUCGAACAAAAGAGUGCAGUUUUUCUAAUAGCUGACUAUUGUCAGCUUCCUAGUCUGAGGAAAUCAUGAUUUAAGAACUACUGUUUGUUCAAGAACAGCAUGCCCCAAAGGCACAAAACUUCAAAAAGGAAUCUUAAAAACAAAAAGAAAAGGCAUAGUGCUGACUUUGCCAGCCUAAUUUGACUUGCAAGCAUAUAUGAAAAUUUUGAUUCUAUUAGUUGAAAAGGUCACAGCACUGAAUUAUCAAAGAAAUGCCAGAGAAAUAGUUAUUCACUUGUCCGGUCUUGAACUUGCUUCAAUUCUCUUUAUUUCUGUGUACAAUUCACUUUUUUUACAUGAAAAUUAGGCCCAUGGAAAAUGAAUAUUUGCAUAAUUUACAUAGAACGGCCAUAAUACAAAGAGAGAAUGCAAAGCAGCUUUGUUUAAACUUGGCAGAAAGUAUGUGGCCUUCUCUUUAAAAGCACACACACACAAACCCAUCCCUGACAUUUUUGUACUUGCAGUUUUACUCAACUCAGACUUUGUAGUAAACUGUCUGUGAUAAAACUGUGGUUUAUAGGUGAAGCAAGCCCCGUGCAUUGUGAAAAAAUGAGUUGAUUGGUGUUAACUAUCUUAGCCAACCUUUUCUUGUUGUUGAAAAGGUGUUUAGCAAUCCCUUCCCACAGCCUACAUUUCAGAAAUGUGGAUUGCUUCACUGUGAUUGUCCCAUAGAUGUUUUUACAUGCUGGCCGAUUAAAAGGAAGGAGAGGGGGAAAGUAAAAGCCAGGCAGCAUCAAGAAGCACGUGUCUACUUAACCUGUUUACCGUAAAAUAUACUGUAAAAUAUUUCCAUUUUGCUCAUGUGCCUCACAAACUGAUAAUAGCUCAGUAACAGCUCCAAUAAGUGCUUGGCUCCACAGGUUGUAUUGGGUAAGUGUCAGGUACUUCUGCUGCUCACUUUGGGGAGAGGGGUGUUGUGAGCAGAUGUAUCUCCGCCUCCUUUUUCUGCAACCUGCUUGUUCCCAUAGAAAAGUAGUUUGAGUGCAUUUUCAGGAGAGAAGAGCCUGAGCAUUGACUCAGGAGCAGAGAGAAUCAGGAACAUGCAUACCCCAUUCAUGAGAACAGAAGAUUCUUCCCUUUAGGCAGUGGAAUGUUUGGCUAAGUCAAUGUUUAGAAUUUAUGUUGGGAAUAUGAUUGGCUCUAAAGAAUUCUCAUGGAACUAAUUCAUUUCAUGUGGGUGUGCACAAGGGAGCUUCCUAUUUAAUUUUAUCUGUAGUCCUCUGUUCUUUAUGGAGUCCAAAUUGCACCACUGUUGUGGCAUAUUUUACAUUACUACUGCUGCUGCUGCUGCUGCUGCUGCCACUGCUACCAGAUAAUCAUAGGCAGAGACAUAUAAGAGGGUAAGGAAUUACUGGUAUAUUUGUUUCUUGUAAACAUUAGUUUUCUGAAUAAUAAUUAAUCAUUAUUAUUCAUGUUAAUUUAUUACCUGUCCUUCACCCCAAGGUGGCUUACAGCAUUAAAACACAUUAUUAAAAACAAUGCAGAACAGCUUACAACUAUAAAAAAUAAGGUGGGCCCUAAAAGCAUAGGGGACGCGGGUGACGCUGUGGGUUAAACCACAGAGCCUAGGACUUGCCAAUCAGAAGGUCGGCAGUUCGAAUCCCCAUGACGGGGUGAGCUCCCAUUGCUUGGUCCCAGCUCCUGCCAACCUAGCAGUUCGAAAGCACGCCAAAGUGCAAGUAGAUAAAUAGGUACCGCUCCGGCGGGAAGGUAAACGGCGUUUCCGUGCGCUGCUGUGGUUUGCCAGAAGCGGCUUAGUCAUGCUGGCCACAUGACCCGGAAGCUGUACACCGGCUCCCUCGGCCAAUAAAGCGAGAUGAGCGCCGCAACCCCAGAGUCGGCCACGACUGGACCUAAUGGUCAGGGGUCCCUUUACCUUUACCUUUAAAAGCAUACACAGCAAGAUUCAAAAGCCAAGGUAAGAACAUGCAUAAUGAAGGUGCCAGACCCACCUCUGUGGGCAGGGAGUUCCACGGUUUAGAGGCUUCCACAGAGAAUGCCCUCUCUCAGGCCGCCACCCCCUCUGAGGGCGGUGGAAUUAUUAAUAGGGCCGUAUGCCAAUCUCAGCACCUGAGAGGUUCUGUAGGGAAGGAGGCAGUCUUUUGGAUACUUGGGACCUGAGUCAUUUGGGGCUUUAAAUUCUAACCUUGAAUUUGGCCCAGAAACCAACUGGCAACAAGUGCAGCUUUUAAAAAACGGGUUAUUUGAGAUCUAAAUGGAACCCCAGCCAGAAUCUGGCUGCUGCAUUUUGGAGCAACAAGUUUCUGAGUCGUCUUUAAGGCCAGCCACACAUAGAGUGUGUUACAAUAAUCCAGUCUGGAAGUUAUCAGAACAUAGAGUACAGUGGCCAAGGCAUCCCUAUCCAAAAUGAUUUGUAGCUGGCAAACCAUCUGGAACUGAAAAAAAGACUCUCCUAGCCACCGAGGCUACCUGAGCCUCCAACAACAGUGUUGAAUCCAGGAGCACCUGCAAACUGUGAACUUGCUCCUUCCAGUGAGUGUUGAUAGAGCCCUUUUGAAGUCAUCACCAUGAUGACUUUCCAGAAGUAUUGUUCACAGUGGUAAUUUCCAACAUGCACAGCCAGGAUCAUGGUACACCGUGCUAUAGUAUACCUCUGUAUACUAUUAUGUGAAGGCAUUUGGCAGCAUGAACUGGCCCUAAAUCUAAUCUGAGCUUUGGCAGACAAAGGACUCGGUUGAACCACACCUUAGUUUUUGAAAAGAUUGUUCUAAUAUGCAUAGCUUAGAAAAUCAACAAAUUUCCAUUGGUGCAUUACAUUUCUAUCCCACCUUUUUUUUGCUGUGGACCCCAAGGCAGUGCAAUGUGUUUCGCAGGUGAUCAAGUCAUUGACCAGAGCUAGGCCUGCUAAUUUUUAGCAAGGUGUUACCUGCAUAUGUCUUCUGAUUGACUGCAGAACCAAGUAAUUAAUCUAGCCACAAUAAGUAAAUAAUCUAGUAGAGGUAAAAUUAUAAGACAAGGUGACUGCAGAACCUUCUCACUUCUAGGCAAACUUUUGCUGGCCACAUGCCAGUGUUGGCUGGGGCCAGAGGCAAAAAAAGGCAGAGUAAUGGGUGCAAAUAUUAGAAGAAGAAGAGUUUGGAUUUGAUAUCCCUCCUUUCACUCCCUUUAAGGAGUCUCAAAGCGGCUAACAUUCUCCUUUCCCUUCCUCCCCCACAACAAACACUCUGUGAGGUGAGUGGGGCUGAGAGACUUCAGAGAAGUGUGAGUGGCCCAAGGUCACCCAGCAGCUGCAUGUGGAGGAGCGGAGACGCGAACCUGGUUACCCAGAUUACGAGACUACCGCUCUUAACCACUACACCACACUGGCUCUCUCACCUUGGUACAGUUGGCUAAUCAUCCCUUUCUAGGCAAGAGUCAUUAUAAGAGUUUGUUGGUUUAUUAAUGAUAUUUUUAUAUUGCUUAAUACGUGGCAUUCUUAAGCUGUUGUCAUGGAAGUUCAUGGACAUAUCUAAACAUUCAAGGAGUACGUGAAGCAAGGACAGGGAUGGGAUGUGACCUGGAGAGAGUCAGUUUAACCCUUGAGCCCAAGUGCCCUCAGUGUGGCACGUUCAUCAACCCAUAAGGACUGAGACCAUGUGUAUUAAAUGAGAGGUUAAGCAAAGAUCUCGAGAGCUUGAACAAUUUUGAUAUCUUGAACUUUUCAGUAACCCCAUAUUUCAAUGUCACAGGUUUUGAGUGUUUAUAAAGUGAAAAGAACUAGAUUAGCCGUGUUUCCUCUGAAAAAGUGGAGUGCAAUUUGCUAUUGGGGAAGUAAACAAAUAUUUAAGUUAGGUCCAUUUUUUUCCUGAGUCAGUUAUCCAGCCAUUCAAUCCCACUUGUGUGGCUUAUGAAUGAAAACCUAAGCCUUUACUAGAAAACUAAUAACUCUGAGAGGAAUGUUAACUAAACUCUUGUAGGUAUAUCUUAAAUCAAAUUGAGAAUAUGUCAGCAGAAUUAUAUUACAAGCAUAAUAUAGGACUAUCGGUCCACAAUAGGUGGACAUAUUUAUUACUUUGCAGCAUGGAGGCAACAGUGUUGAUAUAACAAUUAAAACAAAACGGGGUGCCCAAAGGAAAUAUUGGUGUGUGUUUUCUAGAAGACAGGAUGGAAUCAAUAAUCUUUUAUAAUUGCAUUUGCAAAAGUGUAUUUUAAAAUCUACUGUAUCAUCUUUUUGAAAAGCAAGCCAUUGAAAUUUUCUGUUCUUGCACUGAUCUAACAAUAAUUUUGCUGUAAAUUUUGUGUCCCAAUGAGGAAAUUACAACUUUCCUUUCCUUUUGUAGACCAGCUCCAGUCCGUUGCUUCCUAGUCCAUCUCUCCUUUCACCACACUCCAAAUUAAGUUUGGCAAGUACACUGGGCAAACCACCAAUUCCUCUGUAUCCUCUUCCUACUCAAAGCGGUAAAGUGAUUUAUUCUGUUUUUGUAUCAUACUCUUAUUUUGGUUUUGAAUGAGCAUAUUCCAUUCUUGCUUUUGUGUACAUUUUUAACAUGUUUAACAUGCACACUUUGAACUAAUCCCCAAGUGCUUUUAAGAAUGCCACAUUUUUAUCUACUUUCAAAAAAUGUGUAUUGAACUGGUUUUAUUGUUGUGGUGUUUGAUUGAUUGAUUAUACUGUAUACUGCACUAUAUCUUUGAAGCAGUAUCACACCACUUUAAACAGUCAUGGCUUCCCCCAAAGAAUCCUGGGAACUGAAGUUUGUUAAGGGUACUGAGGAUUGCUAGGAGAUCCCUACUCCCCCCACAGAGCUACAAUUCUCAGACUGGUUUAAUAAUCGAGCCAUCUUCCUGGGAAUUCUGAGAGUGGUAGUUAUGAGAGGAGAAAGGUCUAACAAUACUCAACACGCUUAACAAACUACAAUUCCAAGAGAAGCUCUGGCUGUUUAAAGUGGCAUGAUACUGCUUUAAAUAUAUAAUGCUGCUGGAGCCUAAAUAAAAAAUUAUAUAUGUUAUGCAGACUCAACAGAAAUGAAUUGGAAGAUCUGGAGUCCGUGUUUAGCAGCAAUUGCUCAAAGCAGUCAGAAAAAUAAAAGAUAGGAAAAGCUGCUGGUUUCAAACUGCUAUACAGAUCAUUAACAUCCAUAUAAAGUGAAUGGAGUCCCAAUCCAAUCACUGACAGGGAAAAAACUGUUGAAGGCUGGGAGCACUCAUAAUCAUCACUGUCUCUGCCUGCUCUGGAAUAAUCUUCUUUGUCUUAGGGCGGGAAGAGAGAGGUGGAUGUGGUGGCAGUUCAUAGACUCAGGGCAGUAGUAGCAGGCUGCAAGCAAGUAUAUAUUUGCCCACUGCUCCUACUCAUGAACAUUUGAAGAGAAAUGUUUGCCUGUCCUUGAAUUCCUAAUUACCACUGCUUUCUGAUCAUUACAUUUAAGUUCCCUUAAGACAUGCACUUAUGUCCUAUAAACCUUAUAGAAUUGUAGUGGUGGGUGGGACACCAAGGGUCAUCUAGUCCAACUCCCAGAAGUUGAGGAAUCACAGCUAAAGAAUCUCUGACAGACGGCUAUCCAACCUGUUUAAGACUCCAAUGAAGCAGUCCACCUUUCAAGAUAUUUCAUUCCACUGUUAAACAGCUCUUGCCAUCAGAAAGUUAUUCCUGAUGUCUAAUCAUAGUCUCAUUUAUCGUUUGAAUUCAUUGGUUCGAGUCCUAUCCUCUGGAACAGCAGAAAACAAGCUUGCUCCAUCUUUCAUGUGACAGCCCUUCUCCUCUUGAUCUCCUCUUUACCAGGCUAAACAUACCCAGCUUCCUCAUAAGGCUUGGUUUCCAGACCCUUGAUCAUCUUCAUCCUCCUCCACUGCACAUGUUCCAACCUGUCCAUAGCCUUCUUAAACUGUGGUGCCCAGAGUGCAGUAUGUUAAUAAUGUAUUGAUUGUUGUUAGCCGCCCUGAGCCCAGCUUCGGCUGGGGAGGGCGGGAUAUAAAUAAAAAAAUAUUAUUAUUAUUAUUAUUAUUAUUAUUAUUAUUAUUAUUAUUAUAGCUUCCCAUGCUAGGACGAGAUAUUGCUCUACACCCUUCAGAUGCGGCCAAAGAUAGCAAUCUUGACAGCAGCUCAAUUUCAAGCCAUAACCCCUUGGCGUAUCACAGCUGCUCAUUCAUGUGUCUAUAAUCCAUUAUUGGCAAGGCUAUCUAACAGCACUUUUAAAAAGCAAAAUGCAUUCUUUAAGUCAGAGGAAUGACACUCCAGAAAUAUAAACAAUAUCUACAAUAUCUCAAACUUAUUUUAAUGGAUCUUUUCAAAUACAUGACCUGAAAAUCAGGAUUCCAGGAAAAUCUACUACAGUAUAAAAAAUAAUGCAUAUGUUCUUAGAUUUUCCCCUGAGAAAAUCUCUUCAGUUUUGGAGACAUUGUAACACCAGGCUGCAUUGUUAUGGUCCUCAUGCUAUAUAAGCAUUGUUUUUAUAGAGAUGGGGUGGAGGAAAUAUCAAUUUUUCAUACCUUUCACCGUCAACUAUAUACUGUGAAGAAAGGAAUCUGUGUUAAGCAGACUUGGCUCUGAGACUUUUUUAUUAUUGCCUGAUUUGAUUAUUUCACCAUAGGAAUAAGCUCAGCCUCCUCCACUUCUCAAGAUUGGGGAGUGGGGGAACUCAGCCCCAUCCCAACAGACAGCCCUAUAGAGUUGGCGCCUUUGUAUCUGUGUAGUUUUAUAUUUUUCUCCUCCUUUCCCACUGACUGGUUUUGGAAGAGGGAGAUGCAGCAGUCUGUGGCUGCAAUGAAGAGCAUUGCUCGGCUGCAUUCAUGUUUUUGUCUGCUCAUUAUUGUUGGAUUGCUCUGUGCUUUCAUCAUAGCUCAAACAUAAGGGAAGGGCCAUAGCUCAGUGGGAGAGCAUCUGGCUUUGAAGGCAAAUGGGCCAAACUUCUCCAGGUUGGACUCCCGCUGCCAGUCAGUGUAGGCAGUACUGAGCUAGAUGGACCAAUGAUCUUGCUUCAGUAUAAGGCAGUUUCCGGUGGAAAUGAAGCCCUGCAUAAGGACUUCCGCUUCCACAGCGGGGCUUCCACCCCAUAUGCUGUUGCUGAUGGUAUGAUCAGAUGAGUGCAACAUUGAAUUCCUCACUGUGCUUCCCAAUCUACCCUGGGAUUGUACAAAUAAGGGUGGGAUAAAAGUAUACUUAAUCAAGCUCAUCUUUUUCAUAGCAGUCACAUGUUGGGUUAACAUCUUCUUCAAACUAUCCACUUUGAUAUUAUGAAAAGAAGAUAAGGGAAAGGAAUGGAGGGAUAGGAAAGAUAAUUCCUGAAAUAAAUUGCAUUUAAAAUACUUUGAUUCUAUGGCAACAUCAUUGCCCACUAGGUUUGAAUACAGUUAGAGAAUCCCCAUUUGAAGUUCUAAAGCAAUUUAUUCUAGAAUAGUGCUGUUGAUCAAUGGAACUGGUCUAAGAAGUACAUUGAAACCUUAGCAAGUUUAUUACUUUUGGACAGGUCCUAUGCUAUAUCUGGACAUGAUUCAGGAGUUAACCACAUGGGAUCAUUUCCUCAGUCAGAACAACUAACCUCUAGAAAUGUUUCCUCUUUCUUAGGACUGGGGAGACUCAGUUCAGCUAAGCAUAAUUUAGAGCUGCCUAAAGUCAACUCAGCUAAUGCCCAGGAAAACUACUGAAUCUUGCUUUCCAGAAAAGAAGUGUAGCAAAAAGUGAGAUCUGAACCAACCGGAAAGUUAUAAAAGGGCAUGUUUGUCCUUAUGAAAAGAUUAACAAAACUGAUUGGGUUUUUAAACACAAAAUUCUAAAUGGGAUCUUCUAAUCACAAAGAUGGUUUAGCAUGUGCUAAAGAUAAUGUUUAUUUAACAUUAUAUGGCUAUUUCUGUAAUGACAGCAAUUUGGCUAUCCCCCCCCCUCAAUUUGGUUGGUUAGUUUUUUUUUAAAUAUGACUUUCCAGAUUCCUCUAGUUGACUGAUAAUUUUCUAAAAGUAAUAGUGCAAAUGUCAAAUAACAUGCCUUUUAAAUUUUUGGCUUACUUAAUCUGUUUACGUUGAAAUCAAGACCGCACAGAUUCCUCCAUUAUGUGUUCUUUUUUCAUGUUUUUUCAUGUUUUUUUCUAGGCAUGUUAAUUAAAAUAUUUAACUGGGGAAAUGUAGAAUACUGAGCACAAUAGCUGCAAAACUUUGAAGAUUCCAAAGCUUUAUCAAGUGAACAUAACUCAUAUUUAUGUGAAAUUGGUAUAUGUUAGGAUAAUUACUGCUGCGCCUUUGGGAUAAAGGAAGUAUUGUCAGCCAAAUUAUACAAGGGUGUGGAUUAAAUCAACCAUUACUCUCUACUUGGCAUUGAUCAUUGUGGGUUGCAAAAUCAAGAUAUGACGUAGUAUUGUGCAAAUUACUUGCCAAAAUGUGUUCCUGCCAUUUCUUUAAUUAUAUGGUAAAGUGGUUGCAGGAGGGGGGGAGGCAGCUAUAAGCAAAGGAUUGAGUAGAAUUCAACUUAGCUUUAUUAUGAUGAGUUACCAUAAGCAAAUAGAAAUAAGAAAAAUAGAACUACACCUGGGGUGGGUUUAAACCAUGAAUUAAGAAAAGGGAUCUAUUUUGAAUUACUGAUUUUAAAUCACAUUCUCUAUUUCAAAUUCCUAUUAAAACUGAUUGCUAUAUUAAAACAUACAGGUUUGUAACUAACUACAUACAGGCUUUGAACUUUAAUUUUUUUUAGAAAGCAAAUCUCUAGCCCUCUAAGGAAAAUGAAGCACAAUGUACAGGUACCCUCUAGGAGGCCUCAUAUUGCUUUGCCAUGGCAAUAAGCAGCACUAUCACAUUCUAAGGACAUGCUUAGGACAGGCAAAGGCAUUUGAGAAGGGUGUGGAGAGUUCUGAGGGCUGGUUAUAAAGGUCUGGAUUUCUCUAUUUAGCUUGCUUUUAUGCAUUCUAUUUAGCUUGCUUUUAUGCAUUCAUGUUAGGAUUCAUUCCUUGUGUUGCAGUCAUGGGAUUGUUUUUAUCACAUGAUGGUGUAUGUUUUCAUUCCACUUUGUGGGAAGUGACGGAGACAGGAUGUUUCUGUUACUGUGUUUCCGUGAUGUAGGAUUUUUGUCCUUUGUUCUCUCUCUUUGCUGUCUGAUGCUGAAGAGGAAGGAGCUGAGUCAAGAUGCUCCGAGUGUGUAUAUGUAAAUAAACGUAGUAUAGCCAAAAGCUGUGCUACUGAGUCUGUACGCUGACUGCCUAUACUCUGCCGAUCCUGAAGUGUGCUGAUGCCCUUUGGUAUCAGUUGCUGUGAUGUUCGGGCUGGAGAAAGCUUUUGAACCUCCUGGACGAACGACCAGGAGGGUGAGAACAUGCCAGUCAGGCAUGUGUCUCUGUCAGACCCCUACUUGUGUGUAAGACCUCCUGACACUUCAUAGCUGUGCUUUUUUGUGUGUGAUAUUUUAUUGCUUUCAUUUUCUUUUCUUUUUUAAUAUGAUUUUUAUUAACAGUAAGAACAACAAACAUCACAGUUCCAAAAUAGGAGCUGUAAAAUACCAAAAGUGGAAUACCCAUAGUAGUAACAUACACAAUAACUAAUUUGGUGUUAAGCCAAUAUAACCUACAAAAUCAUUUAAAAAAUCUGUCAAACUACAAAUAACAUAUACUAAAUCAUUAUAUACAUGGAUUUUCUCAUGUCAGAAUAUUUUUCUGAAUAUUUUAUAUCCAUAAAAUAAAAUGUUGUUUGCUAAAAAUAUAUAAUUAAGUGGAAUAAAUUGCGGCCUAAAUAUUUAGGCAAUCUGCAAGGCCAUCUGGGUUUUCAGAAUGCUUGUCUGGAAAUGAAUAUCCUUUUCUUUCUGAAAGUGCUACAUCAGGAGGGAAAUGGGGUUAAUAUGCAAGUGUUGACUAUUGUGGUCAGUGUAAUUACCUCAGAAGCAAAGCUGAUUUACAUUUUCCAGAAUGUUGCCCGAGUAGUUGCUUGGAAGUCUUUUUCUCUGAAUAAUGUAAUAUGAACACUUAGACUAUUUCUCUUGGUUGCACCUGCUUUUUAGUCAACUUGCAAUUUACAGAGCAAAGUGAGUAAUGCAGAAAUGGGUAAUUUUUUGCUUUCUAUAUUGGCUGGCCCUUGUAUCUGUGUGGAUAGUGUCAUUAGAUUGUUUCGUCACAAUAUUGCUCUUGACGUAGGUACUGUAUAUCUGGGUGGAGUCAGGAGUUUCUUAUAUUCAUGCUUGAGAAAGAGAGAAGAUAUAGUUCUCAUUUAUCUUCCUAAUGUGUGUCCUCUAAGCCUUCCAUGACAGUAUCUGAGAAUAUUUUGUACUACAAAUUUUUCAUGAAGGGCUUUGAUUUUUAUCAUGAAGUUCAGCCAAGGUGCCAAAAUUUAGGUGUAACUUAUAUUCCCUUUAGUAAAAUUAUAGGGUGGGAAAGGAACAAAGGAUAAUUUAGGGUAGUUUUACUCAAAUUGCAGGGAGAUGAGGUAUACCCUCUGGGCUGUCUACCCUGCCUCAAAUUCUGUGUUGUACCUCCUAGCCCCUGUUGCCAUCAGCAUCCCAGCCUUAUCACCUUGUUUUCAAUUGAUACUGAGUAUGUUAAUUGUCAUUCCACAAAAUGGGAAUAGCAGCAGUAGCUAACAAGGGCAGUAGAGAAAUUUGUGGAGACCAGGCGUGCCAGCUCUAUAGGGCCAAAGUGUCUUCGGCCCCUUCAAUAUCUGUUGGCAGGGGGGCAGGCCCCCUCAAUGUUGAGGGGGCCAAGGAAGCUGAGUGUGGAGCCAAGCAUGGCAUGGGCUCCUCUUGAGCGUGAGAGAGAAGCCGCCAGCCAUUGAAACCACAUUGUACUGGGCCCCAUGCUUGGUCUCCUCCUGAUGAUGCAACGUUGUGUGUGUGUGUGAUGUCACACAUGUGUGCCAGGCACAUGAUGUCACACACACGCCACACACACCAGUGCCUCUAGUGUGGAAAAAGACUGUUUUGAUAGGUGGAUAAGAAAAUCUUGGCUGGCCUCAUGUGAGCCAUAGAUUGAGCAACAGAGAUCAGAUCCAAUCACUGCCCUGAGGCAAGAUCCUUCUUACAGCAGCCGCCAAUUUUUGCAUCAUAUAUUCAUCCUUACGUCCAGAUUAGUGUUGGUAAAUAUGGCGACUGUUAACAGCCUGAAUUCCCUCCACCAUUAUGCAUAGUAAAUUGUCUAGCUUAAAUGUGAGGCUGCUAGACCCAAAAUUAGAGUAUUACCCUCUUUGUUGUUAUUUAAUAAAACAUAAAAUAAUUGCUAUGUUCCUUAGCUCAAUUUCAUUAUCUCAUAUCCGUUCCUAAUGCAAGGCCUGCUCUAAGAGAACAUUUCAUCAUAUGCUUCCAAUAAAUUUACUUGGAGAUUCUUCUGUGGGAGUGCAUGGAGAAUUCUACUGGACUCUGUAGCAGUCCACUGGGACAGUGCGACCUGCCUGACAUUGUGGGGAAAGGACUGAAAAAUUAUUCCCUGGUCUUCUCUACACCUACAAUUCUACAGAGAUCUUCAUAUUUGUAAGGGGAAAAUACAAGGACCUUUCCAUGAGAUUACUAAGGAAUCAUUUAAUGGGUGUGUCAGAUGCUAAAUAUAUUUGAUUCUAAUCUCUAAUUAAAAUGUUGGCUUUUAUUGCUCUUAGAUUUGAUGUAACAGGUCUUUCUUCAUUAUAGCUGGGAGCUCUGUAUUCUGUUUUUUUAAACACCUCUGAAUUCAGCAACCAAAAGAUCCAGCCUCUGUGAUUGAAAUUGUAGGUGUGUGUAUUUUAUAUUAUGUGUGUGAUGUUGGAAAAUUGGGGUAGCUAGUGGUUUAUUUGUUCCAGUAUUUCUUCCAGGGGCUUCAGAACCAAGGCCAGAUCUCUUAUGAUAUUAGAGGCAAAGGGUUCUUUGGGCUAAGGAAAUAGUGUGCUUCAGUUUUUCCUUGACCAGUUGCUCCUUGCAUUGCAGAUCAGGGUUGGCAAAUCCAGUGGUGGCUGCUGCUGGUGGAAGGGGGAUGCGGUAGGUGCGGUCCACCCCAGGUGUCAUUCCUGAUAGGGGUGACAUCUCCACCCUGCCCACCUGGGACGCUUGCUGCAGGUGGCGCCCCACACUGCCUCAUUUACUCUAAAUAGACUAGCCUUGGAAUUCUCCCCAGGCCACACACUCUCCUCAGAAAGAGGUCUGAGUGGGUUUAGAAACAAGCCUACUAUACAAGGCAAAAUUUGCAUUCAUUUCUCUAUUCACUUCUGCCUCCGGCCCUGCGCACCACUGACACGUGGCCCUCAAAAGGCUGCCCAGAUGGGGAGGUGGCCUUUGGGCUGAAAAAGGUUGCCCACCACAGGUGAAUUUUCACAGGCUUGAUUCAGAACGGUCUCAGUUAAAUUUCUGCUAAGCAUGCUCCUGAAUGCCAGGAUUUCUGGCAAUAGUAGCUUUCUUAAAGUAAAGGUAAAGGUACGCCUGCCUGUACGGGCCAGUCGUGUCCGACUCUAGGGUUGUGCGCCCAUCUCACUUAAGAGGCCGGGGGCCAGCGCUGUCCGGAGACACUUCCGGGUCACGUGGCUAGCGUGACGAAGCUGCUCUGGCGAGCCGGCACCAGCGCAGCACAUGGAAACGCCGUUUACCUUCCCGCUAUAAAGCGGUACCUAUUUAUCUACUUGCACUUAAGAGUGCUUUCAAACUGCUAGGUGGGCAGGAGCUGGGACCGAACGACGGGAGCUCACCCCGCCGCGGAGAUUCGAACCGCCGACCAUGCGAUCGGCAAGCCCUAGGCACUGAGGUUUUACCCACAGCGCCACCCGCGUCACCAGUAGCUUUCUUAGGUCCUUGCUAUUUUUUCACAGGACUCUACUACACAAUCUAAUGGCGCCAAACUAAUUAUGAGUGGGUGAGUGUUAAUACUCCACUCUGGGGAACUUCUGGUGCCUAAAAUCUGAACUUCACUAUUUUCACCUGGCCUCACCCCUGUGCAGGUAUUUUAAUUCAGGGGUGACACCUCCAAAUCAGCAACCCCAACGCUCAAGCCAAUUUUUCCACCUUCUACAAGACCCCACCAAAUAAACAAAACAGCAGCAAAUAAUUAAAUAAAAUAGACACAGUGCUGAGUUGUAUGGAGCCCAGCAGCCUGAUGGGAAUGCAUUUUGUCCCCUACCCCAGUCAUCAAGUUAAUCAAUUGAUGAGCAGAGAUGGUGCACUAAGCCCCUUACUUAGCUGAUCUGCACAGAUCAACUGAGGAAGGGUAGGUACCUCUGUAUAUUUGAGGGUUUGGGAUUUCUUUUACAACCAAGAGGUAUAUUACUUUUAUAAAAUCUGUGUGUGUGUGUGUGUGUGUGUGUGUGUGUGUGUGUGUAUCCUAUAUGCCUACAUUUGAAAGUGUGCAUGACCCCUUGCUAUAAAGAUUCUGCCCUGUGCCUCCAGCUUUUAUCAUAGAACUUCAGUGGCAAAGUUAAGAGUCAAAGCAAGACUUUUGCAAAUACACCACCUGCAGUAUUUUGGAAACAGUGACUGCAUAACUAUUUUGUUGUCACUGUAACCAUCACACUGUGCUUCCUUACACAGAUGCCUCUUGCUCUGGGGGUAAGCAUUAUAAGCCGGGUCAGUCAGGGUGAGUCAGAAAGGUUACAGCUUUUUAGUUUAGAAAAAAGGCUAGUAAGGGGGUUUGAUGGAGGCAUAUACGAUUAUGCAUGGUGUGGAGAAAAUGAAAAGUUUUCUGUUCUCAUGAUAAUAGGACUUGAGACCAUCCAAAGCUGAAUGUUGGAAGACUGAGGACAGACAAAAGGGAGCACUUCUUUGCAUAAUGCAUAGUUAAUCUAAUUCAUUCCCACAAGAUGUAGUGAUGGCCACGAGACUGGAUGGCUUUAAAAGAAGUUGACCAUUUUUUAAAGGAUGGAACAAACAGGAGGAGGUUAUCAAUGACUACUAGCCAAAAUGGCUGUGUUCUACCCCCAGUAUCAGAGCAGUAUGUCUCUGGAUACCAGUUCCUGGGUAUCACAAAGCAGGAGAGUAUUGUUGCAUUGCUUGCAGGAUUCCUAUAGCCACUAUGAGAUUAGGAUGCUGGACUAAAUGGGCCUCUUCUAAAUAGGCCUCAUAAGAAGAGCAGGCCUCUUCUUAUGUUCCUAUAUUCUUAUGUAGUUUACCUCUUUGACACAAAUAAUAUGAGUAUUCAACAGUAGUCUUUAAAAUAAAAUUGUGCCCUUUCUGCAUCAUUUAUCUUUAUUAUUUAGGCUUAUACAGGGCAAAGAUGUGACAGGGGAGAAAACUGGGUAACUGGAGCACACAUAAACCUGUUAAGAAUGAAGUGUUGUUGUUUUUUCCUCUCACAGGAGAAGUGUUUGCAAGAUUGUGGGCAAGCGAGCUCUUUGAGGUGGUGCCAUCUAAUUACAUAUAUAAAUAUCUUCCAGUGUUCAAAUAUUUGUGAGGAAAUUUAUUUUGAGUGUGACUAAUACUACUGGCUUAAGGGCUGGCAAAGUGCAGGUGGAGGUUGUGCAAGCUUUCCCAUGGAUAUGUGCCAGUGCACCUGAAUAAUUUCAACCAUUAGUUGAGAAUCCAGGGAACUGAUGAGCAGGUAUCACCCAGAGCACUUAACUGAAUGGUGUGUGUGUGUGUGUGUGUACAAGUUGACAGUUACUGAAUUUCUGGUUAUCACCAUAACACACAUUUGGGUGAAUGAGGAGCAGCAUGUCAUUCUGGUGUGUGUUGCUAACAGAAGGGUUAGUUUUGGUCACCUCUUCUUGGAUCCAAUCUGAUUUUUUUUUCUUCUGUAAUGACAACUUAAUGUAAGCCCUACAUGUGAUAACAGUUCAACCAUAUGCAAACUUUCCUCCUACUGAAGUUGGUAAUCUUUUCUGAUUAAAUGACUAUCAUGAAAAAAGCCAUAACAUGAUGAAAGAAGGGUAUGAAGUGAUAGGUGCCAACAUCCUUGAGUAGUCCUUGAAUAAGUUAAAGAGCAGAUUUGCCUCAUGUGCCAGUUUGUGGACACAGGGACGAGACUGGGGGAAAUCCCUUAAAUACUUUGGGCUGUAGAUAUCUGAAGGGCUAUAUACUCCCAUCUCACUGCGAGUCCUGAAACACCUGUUUCUGCUUAUCAGAAGACUGAUGCCACUGUGCUCCAAAUCUCUGGAUGACACUUCCCAGUGGUUUCGUAUAGAAUUAGUCCAAAUGCUUCCCCCAAGCCAUGCCCACCUUGUAUCAGAUGUGGGGCAGGGCUCAUUGGUACCUACAAACCCUAAAGCCUUUGCCCAUACAGUUUUAUUUCAAACCACAUGGAAAAAGGAAAGCACUUUACCUGAUCUCAAAUGAUUGACAGGUGGGUGUCAGAUGACUGACAGGGAAGUUGGGGACGUCAGGAUCCAACCCACCAGCUGGAUCCCAUUUCCCAUCCCUGUUCUAGGCCAGCACUCUUAACUUCUUCACCAAACUGCACUAGAAUUUGCAGAAGGGAGGCGGUAUAGGGAUUAUCUUCCUUUUAAAAAAAAUAAAAGUUUUUUAAAAGAUGUUUCCUUCCUUAGAGCUAUGCACAUACCAUCUACAAAAAGAAAAGAAAAAAGAUGAAGCCAUACAUAUUGAAAAGAUUAGUGUGAGCUUGGUAGUCAGUCUAAUAAUACAUGCAAAAAGACCCAAAAUGACAAAUAAAUCCUUUUAAAAAUAUACUGUAGUGAGCUGGAAUAAAAUAAACAGCAAGAUGUGUGUUGCCAGGAAGUCAUAUGAUCAAAGAGAAUACACUGAAUAGCUUAUAUCUAUUCUUUCAGAUAAAAUGAGUAGUUCAAUGCAGAGGUGUUGUGAUCACUUCUGGUGGGGGGAAAACUUUGUAUGCAUGACUCAAAGAUUCAAUGGCUGGGAAAGACAGUGCUGGUUUUAAAUAAUAGUGUCAGUUCUGCGUGCGAGGUGGUAUGUGGUCAUUGCUUGCAGUAUCUUUCCAAACCAUUUGAAUGGAAAUAUUGGAUUAGCUAACCUUGUGUCAGGUCUGUUAGUUAGAUAAACUCUCCAACUGUUCCUGACUGAAAGAUGCAUAGCUGGGACUGAAAGCAGCUGCUGCUUUUUUAUUCAAGUUUUUGUGAACUGUCUUACCAUCAUCAUGUUUUUUAAAAAAUAUAAAAUAAAAUAAAAUGAUUUAUUAGACUGAAAGGGGAUAACAAGCAAAAAUUUCACAGCUUUGUCUUUUCACAGGGAGCUUCAUCCCAGUAGGAAACCCUUUUUGCCAAAGCCCGUCAGCUGGACUACACACGGUAAGCAGCUCAGUAUUCCUUUUUCUUUUUGCAUAUAACAUUUUUUAAAAAAACUUUUUAAAAUCCUUCUUCAAAAGUUAUCAUUGUACAGGAGCUUUCUUAUCCUUCCGUUCAGUCAUAAAAGACCUGCCUUCCACAGAAUCAUUGUCCAUGUAGGCUUUCUGGCUCCCGCAGUUGCUCUCUGAACAAAAGAUCCACGAUCAGCUUUGUGUACUAUGCUUGUAAAACUCAUUGCAAUUAGGUAUGCCUAGAUCACAACUUUCUAUCCUUAGGAUGUCUUUAGAUACAUAGUUGUGGAGAAUAAGGAAAAGUGGACACAACAGGACCUGAACUUGUAUGCUAAUUCUUUGUACUUUCAAUUGAGACAGAGAGAGAUUGACUCUAAUUGAACUUUUGCUCAUUGAUUGUCUUAUAUUAAGAAGCAUGGUUGCCACUUGUGUAAUGUGUAGACUAAAAUCUUAGUUGUACUUUGGGUUUUAUUUACUUUAAAAUAAUAAAGAACCAGAGUUGUGAACAGGAAGGCUAUUGUUAAACAAGAUCACCUCAUUUUAACCCAUUGGUCUCCCAAAGGUUUCCCAUACUCACCUCUAUACACACACACACACACACACACACACACAUUAUUAUCAUUAUACAAACACACACUAUGACCAUUUUUUUUUUGUAUGGGAUAUGAGUUAAAUUGUGUUGGGUUAUUAACUCCUUUGUUACCUGUAUCCAAAGAUCAUGAUUAAGAUUAAGGUGCUUCCUUUCCAGCUGUGAGUCUUGCAAAAUAGCCAUCCUACUUUGUUCCUCACCUUCUUCUGUUCCCUCCUUCACAAAAUGCAGUGGCAUAAAUAAUGCAGCACUUAAUUACAGCAAUCACAUAACCGGAGUGCCCUCCCCACCAAUUCAUUUCAGACCCAGGGAACAGCUUUGCUCAUUCCCAUCUUAAAGCACAUAUUUUCCUCUAAUGUGGGCAAACAUCUCACCCUGAGUGCACUAGGGACCUCUCAUCAUGCUCAAGAGAGGCUCUGGAUUGGAGAUGUUGAUUUAUUUAUUUUUUAAGCUUUUGUUUACUGGUUUUCCAAGCUUCUUGUGCCCCUGGAUAAAAGCAUGAUUUAUAUCUAUAAGCUGUUUUUCCCCCUCAAUUAGUGCAGAAACUAAUUUUCUGGCUACAUUGGCUCACAAAUUCCUGAGUGAGAAUUACUUUCAGAUAUACCAGCCCAGAAUAGCUGAAACCAGAGAGGGAAAAGUAAAGAUGGGAAAUUCAUUAUGGUAUUCGUUAACUUUUUUAUGGUGCUGGUAGAAAACUUCUAACAGUAUGUAAAUUGACAUCCUUUAAAGUUGAAAGUGAAGUGUUUCUGAUUAAAGAGAAAUGGAUCAAAAUAGUUUUGGAGUGUGUUUGAAUAAUCUUAUCAGUUGAAUUAUGUCACCUACUUUACAAUUCAUCCUUUUUUUAAAAUCCCUGUAGGCUUUGUCGAAGCAGCUGUGUUUGCGUUUCUUUUUUGUGUUUGUACAUUGCAGGACUCAGUAAAGUGCAUCCUGGCACAGCUUUUCCUCUAGGCAGAUUAUAGAUUCCCAUGCUCAUUAAAUACUUAAAGGACUAUAAUCAAAUCAGGAUCAUAGUCUUCUGAAAACCCAGGAAAGCAACAGUAGUAGCACCAGCAGUAAUUUAAUGAUCUAUGCCGUAGAAAGACCAACACAUGACAGUAGUUUAGUUACUUUUUACAGGAGUUACUUAUUCUGUAAGAUUUUAACACAGUUGCUUCCUUUUCUUAUCAAUUGUUUAUAAUCUGAAUUUUUCUUCCCACCCUAAAACCUGACAUUACAUGAAAGUUCUGUCACUGUGAGCUUGGUUGCUUUAGACAUCUCAGAACUCUAUCUCUGUAAUUUAUCUGGACAAUAGGAAUAAUACUGUUUGGUUUCACAGAGCUGUUGUGAGGGUAAAUGAAUAAAAUAUUGUAAAAAGCACUUUUUCUAGUUUGAGUAUCUUAACCAGGAUAUUUGUUAAUAUUGAAAAUAGGUGUCCAGUUGUGCCACAGACCUCUGCUUCCUCAAACAAGGCUUAUCCUUCCUCCCCAUUCCUUGCAGACCCUAUGCAUCCCUAAUACCUUCCACUGAGAAUUAGGAGACCUCCCUGGAGUGGAUUGGCAGGGUGCAAGAACAUAAGGGGCAAAAGUGAAUUCUCAUUACAUAUGAUGACAUGACACUGUAUCUCACCGAAUAAUUGCCUCCUAAGGCUGCAGCCUUCUUUUCCUUGAAGGCCGUUUUAGGGGCCAUUGGGUUUUUCAGAUCUCCUUCUCAAAGCAUAGACAGAGAGGUUGGCCCUUGGAGAGGGAGAUCUGACCUUGUAAGCUUCCUUAGUGAGGCUGUCAAAAGGACCACAGCAAGCGUUCCUCUGAUAUUUCAGGGGGCUAAAGGGAGGUAGGUUGGGUUAGGCUAUGGAUCCAAAGCCCUCCUGUUCCCCAAAAAGCCACCAGAGCAGAGUUUGGGCUGCUAUAGUUUAUUUACCUACCAUUGGAAUCAAAGGGAGGAAAACUUUUCUGACCCCAUUUUGGGAACUUUCCCCCCAUGAAAUGAGGGAAGAAGAAAAGCUGGAGCUUAUAUAUUAUGGUUUGUCCACUGCCUUUGGUUCUCCAUCCUUCAGCCGCUUUGAAUUGCUUGUGCUCCUUUUACUUACUUAUCUGUUUAAUAAAGUAAGGAAUAUUCUUUGGACUGCUUUUAUAGGGCGUUGUCCUCACAAAGUGACUUGCAUUAAAUACAAUUAAAAAUUACAUUUUUAAAAAAUAAACAAACCUUUUAAAACCAAUUCCAAGAGAGUAUGAAACAAUGUAAAGGAAUCACUUGCAACAAAUGAGUAGCUAUGGCUCAUUUGAAAGUCUGCACUGUAGGGGCAAUAUGUGAUUCAGUAUAUUCAUUCCAUCCCCAUCUAUAAGAACCUUAAUUCUUGUCUUUGAUCAGUUUCUACAAGAAGCAGAGAGAACCUAAAAAUUACAGCAUAGUUACAUUUUCACCAUGCAGUUCAAGAACCCUGUGCAUGUAACCAAAGGUAUAUCAGCUUGUCCAGUGCUAUUCAGUCUUCCUCAUUCAGCUUAAUUUUGAGGGGAAGCUUGAAAUAUACAAAAGGAUAUGUUCACAGCCAUUCCCUGCUGCUCAGGAUGUAUCGGAAACUUUUGCUCCACAUCCAAAGGAAAGUGCUGAAUUGGGAUGGAGAUGUAGAGUUCAGUAGUUCUCAACUUGUUCCAUAGCUGGAAAACAUGCCAUCUGCCAGAGGCAUGCCCGCUCUGAAAUUUAAAUCUGACCCUAUCCAAAUAGUUCAAAAUGUCUGUGGAUUCUUCUGUAUAUUUUGAACUAAUAUGGGAAACAAACAAGCCCCGCGGUAGGUAGGGAUUAGAGCAGUAAAAAAAAAACUUGUAUCCUUAAUGAAGUUUAUCUUUGAGAUUUAAAGUUGCACAACAUUCAUAAUUUGCUGUGAUAAUUAUUUUAAUAUAAAGUCCUGGAAAUUAAAUAACCUGCUACACAUUUUCAAUAAAGUAAAAUUCCAUGUGCGGCUUCACUAUCAACAUGUUUGUUUGUUUGUUUGUUUGUUUGUUUGUUUACAAUCUCUUACCUGCACUUCAUGACCAAAAGUAAUACUAAAUGGGGCUAGAACAAGCUUCAAAGCAGAGACAUUAUAAAAGAGUGAAAUAAGUAAAAUAUAGCACAAUAGAGAAUCUCUUCAACAAAAGAAUCUGGAAAUAUCCCUGAAUAAAUAUAUUUGUUCAAUUUUUGAUCUCCUCAACUGAGUCUUCCAUUCUCCAUCUGGAAGCUGAUCUCUGUUCAGUGAAGGACCAGAGUGCCUAUCUUUGCCAUUAGGUAUUGGCUAAAAUUUAAAAAGUGGGAUCCGGCCCAUUUUAGUACUUUCUGCUUUCAAUGAGAUGUUGACGUGCAUGACCUCUCUUUUGGCAUUCUGAGCUCAUUAGACUUUGAGAUUGCAUCUUGCCACAUGAAAUGUAAAGUAUUGCACUUGGGCAAAAAAAAUGAGAGGCACAAAUACAAGAUGGGGGACACCUGGCUUGAGAGCAGUACAUGUGAAAAGGAUCUAGGAGUCUUGGUUGACCACAAACUUGACAUGAGCCAACAGUGUGACGCAGCAGCUAAAAAGCCAAUGCAAUUCUGGGCUGCAUCAAUAGGAGUAUAGCAUCUAGAUCAAGGGAAGUAAUAGUGCCACUGUAUUCUGCUCUGGUCAGACCUCACCUGGAGUACUGUGUCCAGUUCUGGGCACCACAGUUCAAGAAGGACACUGAUAAACUGGAACGUGUCCAGAGGAGGGCAACCAAAAUGCUCAAAGGCCUGGAAACGAUGCCUUAUGAGGAACGGCUAAGAGAGCUGGGCAUGUUUAGCCUGGAGAAGAGGAGGUUAAGGGGUGAUAUGAUAGCCAUGUUCAAAUAUAUAAAAGGAUGUCACAUAGAGGAGGGAGAAAGGUUGUUUUCUGCUGCUCCAGAGAAGCGGACACGGAGCAAUGGAUCCAAACUACAAGAAGAUUCCACCUAAACAUUAGGAAGAACUUCCUGACAGUAAGAGCUGUUCGAUAGUGGAAUUUGCUGCCAAGGAGUGUGGUGGAGUCUCCUUCUUUGGAGGUCUUUAAGCAGAGGCUUGACAACCAUAUGUCAGGAGUGCUCUGAUGGUGUUUCCUGCUUGGCAGGGGGUUGGACUCGAUGGCCCUUGUGGUCUCUUCCAACUCUAUGAUUCUAUGAAAUCUCAUAUUUUAAAGCAUGAUUUUUGUGCUAAUCUCACUUCUGCCUGUCUGUCCAAAUGUGCGCCUUGGUAUGCCAAACUACCCAUUCAGACUCCUUGUCUUCACUAUGUAACCAGCAUCACAAAUGGAGCAGUUGCAGUCUAUGCACUGUCAUAGUCGAAGGGUGUUACCACCAGAUUCCUUAUGAAGAGAGAGCUUGCCCAUGUGGAAGUAAUGUGCCUGAAGAUUUACCCCACUACUUACUGAUUUGUCUAAUCUACGAGGACUUAAGAGCAGCCUUGUUCAAAGAUUUAAAUCUCCCAGUUGAGAGAUUGAUUGGGUAGCUGAUUAAUUUUUAUUAGGGAGCAAGUCCCCCUACACUUCUGUCUUGCUUUUAGAGCAACAAUUUAAAGGAAAAAAGUUUGUGGGGAUAAGUUAAGAGUUUGCUCCCCUAAAGAAUUUAUCUGACAGAAUGUCUGGUUUAAAUUAUCAUUUUAACUAUGUAAUCUAUUCUGUUUUAUGUAUUUUGUUUUUUUGUAAUGCCUUCAGCAACACAAAUAAUAGUUGUAAAUGUUGCUGAACUCCAACUCACAUGAGCCACAGCCAAUCUGCUCAAUGAUCAGGGUGGAUGGGAGGUGCAGUCUAGCAACAUCCAGAGGGCCAUCGGUUCCCAGUUCGUGGUCUACAGUGAUGAAGUAGUUCUCCAGGUUUUCAGACAGCUUUUAUAUGACAUCUGCUCAAACUUCUGUCUAAACUGCCUAUGACAUGGAGACAUCUAUAUUACCUUGUUAUCAGGGGUAUAUAUGCCUAUCAUAAUGGGUGCUGUAUUGCACAAUCUUGUUGCCAUCUCUACAUGCUGGCCUGUGUUUUAUGGCAUAGGAGCCAAUGAAAAGGUGGUAACCCUGAAUCCCUUUCUCUGUGUGGCAAACUGAUGCAAGUAAACCUUCCAUAUGGAGACAGCAGCUAUGAAGAAGGGUUUAAAAUGGCUCUUUGUGCAUUUGAGUAUUCCUUAAGUUUGUAAGCCUUAAGUCCACAGACCUUAGGAAAGCCUGAGCUAAAUUUAGUGACAUGCUUACUAUCCAGUCAUCAUUGUUCCUUAUUUGCUGAUUUUUCAGUUUACCAAAUUGUCUCUAGAUGUCUUCCAUGGGCAGGUUUUGUGAAAUUAAGAAGUAGAAAUGAUACACUAAUCACCGUUAAGUCCUUAAAUGGAGGCUAUGUAUCAUCCCAAUUCCAACAAUUGAAAAGUAAAACACUUAUUUCUUUAGGUGGAAGCACUUUGUAUCCACAUAUUAAUAAAGCUUUAAUACAACAUCUGGAAGCAUUCAAAAUAUCCCUGGGCAUGCUGAAGUUUUUAAUCUAUUAUUUCCUAAAGCUUACCUCAGCUCAAGGAAGUUUGAUGGGGCCUUUGGAGAGCUCAUAAAUAUCUUUUUGAAAAGAAUUAUAAUGAGAAUAGUAAUCAUCAUCAUCACCAUGACUCAUCACUGAGUAACAAGAGCCACUCCUUCCCUUCGGGUAAAACUCACUGCCUUGACAAUGUUGCUACUCUACAAAUGCUCAUAUCAAGGAAUGAAGAGCCAAGAAUAAGCUCAAACUUGCCCUAUCUGGAUGGCUGCACUGAGAAAUGACAAUUAGGUAAAUCCACUGGUUCUCUGCUAUAAGAGCCAAACCAGGCCUGAUUUGUGUGUUUAAACCUGGAUCAGCUGCAGUUCAUUAGAAAGACUGAAAGGCUUGGUUUGAACAGCAAAAAGGGGUGCAUGGGUGAGGAGCACAAAACUUCCUCUUCCUUGCAAGAUGUAGCUUACCGUCCUUCAGCUUCUUUCAGCAAGUGUUUUCCCUUCCUCCCCCCCUCCCCAAAAGGCUCACUUUCUAGUAUUAAAGCCCAGCUGAGGGUAAUAUGCUUUUAUGGCUGCAGGGUGGCAAGACAUGAAAAAGGGGAGGGUUCAGCAGCCCUCAUCUCCCUGAUCUUUUGCUGAUCAAACCACACCCACUGCAUUUUCUAUGGGUGUAGGUCAAAGCACACAUUUGCCACCAUCGCAUCUAUUUUACCUAACUGAGAUCUAGUAUUCCCUAAUUAUAAUUUUUUAUUUUAUUUAUAUCCUACCCUUCUUCCCUGAGAACCCCAGAGUGGCAAAAACUAAAGCGAUAACACAAAGUAUUUAAAAAUAAAUUAAUGCCCCAUUUAAAACAUUUAAAAAUAAGGUUUUUAAAAAUGUAAAACAUUCGCAUACCCUCACAGGUAAUAAAUUCAAGGUUGCUGAGAUCUUCCAGUCAUCAAAUACCUUGGAGACUCCACUAUUGCCCUACCCUCUCCAUGCCGGCCUGAAGCUUGCUAACUAAUUCCUCCUCCCUCCAAUGGAACAAUCAGAGCAGGCCAUAACUGUGGCUAGUCCACACCUCUCACCCUGGGCAGCAGAAGCCAGCAGGGUUUGGAAGGGGUGGACAAGCCACAACUUUACACCACUCCCCACCUGCAUUAAUGCAAUCUAUUCCUGUUAAAUACAGUGAUACCUCGGGUUAAGAACUUAGUUCAUUCUGGAGGUCCGUUCUUAAUCUGAAACUGUUCUCAACCUGAGGUACCACUUUAGCUAAUGGGGUCUCCCGCUGCCACCAUGUGAUUUCUGUUCUCAUCCUGAAGCAAAGUUCUUAACCCGAGGUACUAUUUCUGGGUUAGCGGAGUCUGUAACCUGAAGCAUCUGUAACCUGAGGUACCACUGUAAUUUCUUCCAGAAUGCUGAGUUUCCAGCAGCACCCUAUGUGAGAGGAGACACUAGUUCUGGUUCAGUCUCUGUCCAAGAAACAGUAAGUACCAGGCAACUUUUAAAAUCUAUUUUCUCUAUUGUGUGUUUAUUUUUCAUUUUAGCAAUUGUUACAUUUUAGAAGCACUUGUUACAAGUGCUUCUAAAAUGAAGUGUUCUUCAACACUUGUUUUAGAAAUACAUUGCCUCUAUUUAACACAAGAUUACUCAGAUUAUCAAUUGUAUAUAAAAUGGAAUUAACAAAACAGUGGUGUACACUUUUAAGUAUUUCUUUAAAAGCAGUUACAUUGGAUGGAUAGGGGUCAUUGUGUACAAAAGGAGAAGGCUCUACUACAACUCCCCUUCCACAAAUCCCAUUCUCCUGCAAAUGGAACAAAAUUGUUGGAUGUCACCCAUCGGAUAUAACAAAUUCUUUAACACUCAGCUAUUCAUCAAGUGAGAAAACAAGCAAACUUUUCUUGUCACUAAGCUUCUGGAUUCUCUUCUUCAAAAUAAUGAACUGAUGUUAGGAAUUAUAUUCUAAUAACUCCAGUGACAGAGAGAGCAUGUAUAACGUUCUUUAUUAUUAUGCAGUCCAUUGAGCCUUUCGUCAAAUUUUUAUUUUUACCUUAGGUGCCCUGUAAGGUUUUCUAGUUAUUGCUGAAGAUUUAUUAAUAUUUGCAAAAGAGAUUAGGUAACAUCAUAUAUUUUGCAAUUAUUUAAUGGAAUGACAUCCUGCCUUUUGGAAAGAUUUUUUUUUUUUGGGGGGGGGGGGGAAGCCCCAUAAGUACUAUGUCAUAAAUUCCAUCUUCAUCUUUUUUUGCUAUCUAGUUUCCUCUUACAAUACAGAUGUUCUAAGUAGUGGCAAAGGGUUAUCAGUGAGCAAAAACAAUUCUGUCUUCCCACAGCCACUCAUGAAGAACCAUCACAUGAUAGCUGCUUUUCAUUACACCAUUGGUGAGAUUGCACACUUCACCCAAAGAAGCCUGUUAUUACAAUGCCAUCAAGAAGUCACCUAAAAAAUGGGUUUGCGGUGAUGUCCCAAACACUGGGCUUCUCUACAUGGAAAAGGCAUUUUUUAUAAGAAGUAAUGCAGUGUAAAAAUAUCCAAUAUGCCAUGGCAAUUCAUUUGUGAACUGAUCUAAAUGCGAGCUUGCAGUGACAUAGUCAAAUUGGGGGGGGUUUUCUGCUUUGAGUUGCUGCAGGUAAGUGGAUUCUUAAACACACAUAGUUUCCAUGCAUUAUGAUUUGAGGACGCCCACAGCACAAAGUAGCUUGUCAUGUGCAGCAGCCUUUAAAAAUGCAGAUCAAAUGGAUUGCUCUGCUAAACUCAUCAGAAUGCACCACCAUAUAGGCGACUUUGCCAAAAUAAGUCUUUUACCUAAUUUUUGAAAUUGCUUUAUGUAAACAUAACCAUCUUUACACCAAGAUCAGUAUACUGUGUAAGUAAAUAAUAUGAAGUGUUGUACUGAGCAAUAUCAAACUUUUAUCAUUUAAUUAUGAUUUUUUAAAAGUCAUCUAAAGUGCAGUAGAAAAAUCAUCAAUGCAGCAUUUCCCAAAAUGUUCUGAAAGAGUUUCCUUCUAGCAAAACUACCUCAUAUCUCAAAUGUUCAUUCCAAUAUGUUAUUUUGUACCUCCAGGCAGAUGAGUUCACAAAUAAAGUGGGCUCUGAGAGUGGUAUAACAAUUCUGAGAAAGUAAAUGUAUCAAACAUUAUUUGCUUAUAGAACCAGCAGCUGCUGUUGUUUUUUUGAAGCUAAUCUUGGUGCCUUUGAAUGUUCUUAACUCUUUCUUGAAUCCCACAACCCCUUUAUCUUCCUUCUCCUGCUGUGUUCCCACCAGCCCCAAAACCUGAGACAGCCUCAGCUCUCACCCAAGUGUAGCUUUGGUUACAGCAAUUUUUCUAUUAGAGGAAGUGAAUGUUGGUGUUUCGUCUCUGUGGUGCAUUUGUGAUAAAGCUGUGGUGGUCUUAUCUCUUUCGUAGGUAGUGGCUCUUUAUGACUACACAGCGCAUCGAUCAGAUGAGCUAACCAUCCAUUGCAGUGACAUUAUCCAAGUGUUAUACAAAGAUAAUGAUAACUGGUGGUUUGGCAGCCUGGCGAAUGGACAGCAAGGCUAUUUUCCAGCCAAUUAUGUGGUUGGCGAAAGUACGUAUAAUGCUUCUCCCUAGUAUUUUUCUGCUUGUGGGGCCUUAACUGAUUAUCAAAGAUUUGUCAUUCUGUGCCGGUGUGCUGAUGUAUUCAGCAUACAUCUGAUAUAUUAAAAUAAUUAAAGUAGGAUUAAAUGUGAAAUUUGAACAAGCAUGCACUAGUCUGACCAACAAACAAGAAAGUGAAGAGCUACCACACACUGAGACUACCCUAACUACCUUAUAUUGUUCACUCUAACCUCGUUGUAGAAUGUUGUUAGAGUGAACAAGGUUUCAAGGCAGAGAGUUGCCCUGUCUUGCUGACUGCCAUCACCUUAUAACGGAAGAUGUUGAAGCUGCUAUCUUAAAUGUUUAAAGCACGCACUCUGCUAAACAUUUGGUUUUGUCCAAAAAUUGAGGUCAGAAUAUAUGCCCUUUUUAUUUUUUAAAAAAAUCAGGGAUAACAAGCACUAUUUUAAAAGGCAUUCCCCCCUUUAUAUUGUGAAGGAAGGCAUGCCUUUUCACAUGGGAGGAGAUGUCUGAUACAAUGGGUGAAAGUCACCUAUGGAGCCCUGUCAGUGGAAGCCUUCUGCCAGGACUUUCAAAACUAAAAUCAUAUGAUUAAGAUUUUUUUUUAAUUAAGCAAAUGUUCUCAAAGAAGAUAACCACAAGUGCAUUCACAGACUUAACAGUCUCAGCAUAAUCCGUACAUGUCUAUAAGUGUCUCUUUCCUUACAAAAGUGUCCAUAUUACUUAUUACUGAGAAUUGUACCCACUGAUGUUAGAAUUAGUCUCCACACCAGAGGGCACCCUAUGCAAAAGUCCAUCUAUUAAAUCCCCAUUUUUAAUUAUUUCCAAUAACUGCUAUCCAUAUACCUCUAAAUGUUUGGUAUCUAUAUGAUGAACUCAUGAACGGAUGGAACCGAGGCAUAUGGUAAACGUAUAGCAGUGAGCAAAGGCAGUUGGCUAUUCAUUUUCUCAGUGUUUUGUAGUCUCCCUUCCAAAUGUUGCAGUAUUGAUUAUGUAUAGAGAUGGAGAGUACAGAUGUAUGGAGAGAGACAGCAGGCACUUCUUUCUGUAUCAUAUGCAACAGCCAGGGAAGUACUAUAAAAAUCAAUAACCUUGAGUUACUGAAAUGGGUAUAUUGAAUAAUGAUGGAGAAGCUGACCCCAAAACGCUAUGGAUCAAGUUAGAUUAUCUCUUUAGUGCCAUGUUAGUCAUAAUUAAUUAUGAUUCAUUUUCAGCACAAUAUGAAGAACAACUAUCUUCAGGUUUGGCCGAAGAUUCUACUCCUCUUCUUUUCAGUGAACUGGGAGAAUCAGCAUCGCCAGCUAUGCCUGGGGUAACUGUUUGCGGGAAAGGGCAUAUGGCACAAUUAUGCAAGAUGGGAUUGCAUUUACCAUUUCUUGUGAUAACAGGUUAAUUGCCAAGUGCUUCCAGCAUAUGUUAAUUUUAAUGCAUGGGCUUGCAUGAAUUCAGCAUUUCUCAAAACAGUGGAAGCCUGGAGGUUUUUAUGCCUACAAAAUACAAUCCGUACAUGUUGGGAAACAUUUCAUUUGGCAGAAAGGGAGAGAUGAAAUUUAACUAAGUUAAAUUGUUGCUACAAAUUGUUUAGCUUGAUUUAGCAGUAAACAUAUCCAGAAAUGCUAAUAAAGUGAAGAUUCCAAAUGGUUUGUAUUCCUUUCUAAUUGCAGCUUCAUGAUAGAUGGUUGUUAUGUCAAUCAAGAGUAUGUUACAUUCGGGAUCCAGAGCCCUGUGCAGUGAGUGCCUAUUGCAAGGACUGUGCACCGGAAUCUUUUGUGGGCAUAAACAUUUGCCAUUGGGAAAACUGAUUUAAGUUAGGCAUAACUGGGACAACUUCAAUAAACAUCAGCUGCUCAGAAAGAUGGAACAAUAUAAUUGUGCUCAUCAGUUGCUCAUUCAUUUACUUUAUUUUAGAGUCAGCACACUUAAAAGGAGUUCAUAUUUUUUCUAGUUAAAUUUGUGUGUGCAUAUGCACUUAAAGAUUUUGUAUUAAUUAGCUAUCCUACAUCAGCAAAAAUAAGAAAAAGUGUACUCAAGAAUUCACCUGGCAGGUCGUCUCAAAUGUUACCCUAACCUGAAUUCUGAGAGUAACUUCAAUCAAAUAUUUAGCACUGUAUUUUACAGUGAUCAGGCAGAAUCAUUAACAUGGCUAAAAAUGAAUAUAUAAUGUGCAGCCAUAACUCAAAGCCCAUAGAAUCCCACAGUGAGCUGCACAUGCCCACAACCCCACCUCCACACCAGAUGGCAACUUGGGGGUGAUUUGAAACCUGGAGGAGUUUUUGAAACCUGGAGGAGUUUGUGAAGCACAUGAGAAGCUGCUGAUUAAAAAUCACACAAAUUCAAAAGUCCCAUGGCCGCACCUAAAGGAGCUCUCUGGAUUGUGGAGUGUUUCAUAAGGGUGUUUCAUAAUGGCAAUUUUGAUACAGCAUGGACAGCGGUUUUGCUGUUAUUUUCUGAAAUUUCCAUAUAAAUAGAUACAGAUAAAGAAAAAUAUAUAUGAAUUCUAAUGAACGCAUGAGGGGUACAAUUUUGCAGUUGUACCAUUUCAGAAUAUCCAUGCCAUCACAUCUCAUAAAAUGCAAAGUAAAAGUAAAAAGUAUUCACUACAUACAUAUCCCAUUAAUACUUUUGUUUGAGCCUAAAUCUCUUAAGUCCAGCAUCAGAUUCAGUGAGCCACACUUCUUCAUUUUCCACUAUAUUUCUAUGGAAUGAGAUAGUUAGAAACCAUGCAAGUUGUCUGAUUGUCAUAGAGGACAAACGCUGGCUCCCUUGGUGCUGCACCCCAAAGUCACCUUUGACUGGACUUAACUGUCCAGGGGUCAUUUACUUCCUUACCUAUUACCAUAGAGCAAAAUUAUCAUUAUCAUAAUAAUAGCACUGUUAGCAUUUCUGUUUCUAACUAUUAUAGACAAUUUACAAUCAAGACAAACAAAAAUAUAUAAAAGGACUUAAGCUAAAGAAAGUAGCAGGAUUAUUUUUUUAACAGCUUAAAGGUUGCACUCUGCAAAAAAAAAAAAAUCUGUCUGUUCUACCUAUCUGAAACCAAGGUUCACUGGGGGCCAGGGCCUCCCUUGAGAGACUCACCAGAUAUUGGGUGCUACAGCUAGAAAGGCUGUGUCUUGCUCCUGAACCACCAUAUUUCUGAUGGUUGGGCAGGCUCAAAUGGAGGAUACAAUCCUUUAAAAAAAUCUAGUCCUAAACUAGAUUCUGAUGUUACUAGAUCUAAUUUUGGAUCUAGACAAUAGUGAUCUGUAAUUGAUCUCCAUCAUAGCACUAAGGUAGAAUAUGUAGGUGCUGCGUUACAUUGAACAUACCCUGUUGUUGUUUUUUAAGUAACAAGCAGUAACAUUUGGAAUUGGUAUGUGGCAGUUUGUAUGCUUAUUAAUUUCUGGCUUUAACUACCAUAUCUUUAAAAUAUUCUGACAUUGCAUUUAGCUGAUAUUUUAAAAUAAUCAGUGCACACAGGUGUAAUUUUGGGAUUUUUACAAACCUCCCCUCAGAGUGAAAACUGAUAUUAAUAGUCAUUACAUUGUCAAUAACAUUUAAAAACAAAUGCAGUCCCCGUUGAAGACUCAUUCAAGCAUAGAUUCAUAACUUGUGUGUGAGAAUGUAUGUGUAUGUUUUUGCUAAACACACCUGAACAUUUCAAGGGGGUUUAAAAGCUGUGGAACUGUUUCCUCCUUUUUAACCACAAAGGGUGAGAAUUUCAUGCGUGAGGGAUCUUCUUUCUGAAGCGAGGUAUAUUCUACCCUCAUUAAGGAAGCCCGUGGGUUUUUUGUCGUACACGUGUUGACCCCGUUUUCUUCUCUCCCCCCCCCUUCUCCUUUACUGAUUAAAGUUUUCCUAUUUUGCAGAUGUCAGCAUACUUCAAUAAGUCAGGAGACCAAAGAUUUAUUUCAGAGAAUGACACAGACUACCUGGCUACACAGUAAGCAACCAUUUGUGGAAAGCAGCCUGCUUUGUUUGUUCCAUUGCUUAGAAGUAGUAAAAAAAAAAAAGCAAAAAAAAAGUGGUGAUUUUAAUGUAACUCUAGAAACUAAAUGGUUCAGAGAAGUUAAAGAAAAUGUAAACAGUGGUUUGUAUCACAAUUGACAGUCAUAUUCCAAAUGUCCUAAGAAAUUUAUUAUGUCAUUAAUCCAUGAUGUUACUUUUCCUUUCUUUGGAUGAAUUACUCAUAAAAGAUUUGAUCCACACAUUCAACUGCUUUGUUAGAUGCACUAUGUAGAAACCAGAAUAUGGGAGGCUACUGCUGGAAUCAGCGCAAGACGCAUUACAACAAAAGUUCAUAAGUUUAGGCUAAAAGAAUACUAGGCAGAACAGAGCCAAUAUUCAGGUCGUAGAAGGCUGAAGAAAACUACACAGGAGGAUAAGGAGAUGGGAAAAGAGGAAAACUUGAGGGCAAGGACUCAUUGAGCACUCAGUCACAAUCCAGCAUCCACUUACACUGGUAGUUUCUUUCCUGAAAUACUCACUGAUUUCCUGCCCUCCACAUUUUCCCCUAGUCCACUGCUAGUUAGUAAUGCUGGGCAAACUAAGAUAUGCAGAUCUUUGUAGUUAUACUAACAAGGUUAAAUUGCACUGUCUAUAACUGACUAGGCUACUAUGGGGUUUUACCAAUCAGAGUUGCAUCUGUGAAUUCUUGAUCUUUUCCUCUGAAAAUAUGAAAAUUAUUCUCUUAGCAUCUCCCUACCUGGAUUUCUUCUGAAAGAUCAAUCAACAAAUUGUCAAAGGGUUAGUUUAAAGUGUUCACCCACUUUCAGCAUACUUGUCUUGAAGAUCACGUUUCCUUUAGACACAGUUUUAGUGUGUCCCAGCACCAUGAGAUCAGCCUGCAGCAGCCUCAGAAGUGGAAUCUAAAGGCUAAUGAUUGGGAAGAAGCAUAGUCUAAAUAGUUUUAGUCUGACAAAUUUCUAACACAGUCUUUUAUUCUACUUUCCCCAUAGGAGUGGAAAGAGGAAGACAAAGAAGAAAGGCAUACAAAUGGAGCAGGCGGAAGCCACAGAAUGCAAGGCUAAUGCAACUGACAACUUUCCAUCUAAUGAUGUUGAGGAUGAACCUAAGAAAAGCAUGGUGAAGAAGAGGAAGAAAAGAGCUGUCAAAACUGCAAGUUCAAGUGGAACUUCGAAUGAUGCUUUCCAGCUGGACUCUCCCAAAGCAUAG